GUCCGUGUCUCCGGGGUCCGGGCUGCACAGCUCGCCAGGCACAGUGAGCAUGAACCGGGCCGGCACGGACAGCCUGUGCUCCACCACCAGAGACUACCUGAUCUGCAGCCAGUGCCACAGAGUGCUCAGCAAGGUAGGCUCACUCUGAGAGGGCACUUACACUGCACCCUACACUCACACUGCACCCUACACUCACACUGCACCCUACACUCACACUGCAACUACACUGCACCCUACACUCACACUGCAACUACACCCUACACUCACUGCAAGUACACUCACACUGCAACUACACUGCAACUACACUGCACCUACACUGCACCCUACACUCACACUACAACUACACUCUCACUGCACCCUACACUGCACCCUACACUCACUGCACCCUAAACUCACUCUGCACCCUACACUCCCUGCAAGUACACUGCACCCUACACUCACCCUACACUCACACUGCACCCUACACUGUAACUACUCACACUGCACCCUACACUAACUACUCACACUGCACCCUACACUGUCACUACAUUCACACUGCACCCUACAUUCACAACAACUACACUCACACUGCACCCUACAGUCAUACUAACACAGGAACUACACUCAACAUAGAACAACUUCACUCACUGCAAUUGCACUCACAAUAACACUCACUCGAACUGCACUAACACAGCAAACACACUCACAUUGCAACCUACCUAUAACCAUUACCAAUCAGGUACACUCACACCUAAGCUGAACUAACUGCAACCUUACUUACAAUAGAACUACGCACGGGUCACUUUUCACGACAACAACACUGCAUUCAAACAGCCUGCCCUACAACUACAUUCACUCUGAGCUACACUCAUACUUCACUAACAGCACUCACAGUUCAUCCCCUCACUGAGAUCAGUCAUACUUCAUUAAGGGUUAAUGCAUAGUUACCAACUACAGUGUGAGGCAAGAGUUAAUGCAUAUUGCUGCUCAAUCACAGUGUGAGGCAAGGGUUAAUGCAUAUUACUGCUCAAUCACAGUGUGAGGCAAGGGUUAAUGCAUAUUACUGAUCAAUCACAGUGUGAGGCAAGGGUUAAUACAUAUUACUGAUCAAUCACAGUGUGAGGAAAGAGUUAAUACAUAUUACUGAUCAAUCACAGUGUGAGGAAAGAGUUAAUGCAUAUUACUGAUCAAUCACAGUGUGAGGAAAGAGUUAAUGCAUAUUACUGAUCAAUCACAGUGUGAGGAAAGAGUUAAUGCAUAUUACUGAUCAAUCACAGGGUGAGGAAAGAGUUAAUGCAUAUUACUGAUCAAUCACAGUGUGAGGAAAGAGUUAAUGCAUAUUACUGAUCAAUCACAGUGUGAGGAAAGAGUUAAUGCAUAUUACUGAUCAAUCACAGUGUGAGGAAAGGGUUAAUGCAUAUUACUGAUCAAUCACAGUGUGAGGAAAGAGUUAAUGCAUAUUACUGAUCAAUCACAGGGUGAGGAAAGAGUUAAUGCAUAUUACUGAUCAAUCACAGUGUGAGGAAAGAGUUAAUGCAUAUUACUGAUCAAUCACAGUGUGAGGAAAGAGUUAAUGCAUAUUACUGCUCAAUCACAGUGUGAGGAAAGAGUUAAUGCAUAUUACUGAUCAAUCACAGUGUGAGGAAAGAGUUAAUGCAUAUUACUGAUCAAUCACAGUGUGAGGAAAGAGUUAAUGCAUAUUACUGCUCAAUCACAGUGUGAGGCAAGGGUUAAUGCAUAUUACUGAUCAAUCACAGUGUGAGGCAAGGGUUAAUGCAUAUUACUGAUCAAUCACAGUGUGAGGCAAGGGUUAAUGCAUAUUACUGAUCAAUCACAGUGUGAGGAAAGGGUUAAUGCAUAUUACUGAUCAAUCACAGUGUGAGGAAAGGGUUAAUGCAUAUUACUGAUCAAUCACAGUGUGAGGAAAGGGUUAAUGCAUAUUACUGAUCAAUCACAGUGUGAGGCAAGGGUUAAUGCAUAUUACUGAUCAAUCACAGUGUGAGGAAAGGGUUAAUGCAUAUUACUGAUCAAUCACAGUGUGAGGAAAGGGUUAAUGCAUAUUACUGAUCAAUCACAGUGUGAGGAAAGGGUUAAUGCAUAUUACUGAUCAAUCACAGUGUGAGGAAAGGGUUAAUGCAUAUUACUGAUCAAUCACAGUGUGAGGAAAGGGUUAAUGCAUAUUACUGAUCACAGUGUGAGGAAAGGGUUAAUGCAUAUUACUGAUCAAUCACAGUGUGAGGCAAGAGUUAAUGCAUAUUACUGAUCAAUCACAGUGUGAGGCAAGAGUUAAUGCAUAUUACUGAUCAAUCACAGUGUGAGGAAAGGGUUAAUGCAUAUUACUGUUCACAGUGUGAGGAAAGGGUUAAUGCAUAUUACUGAUCAAUCAGUGUGAGGCAAGGGUUAAUGCAUAUUACUGAUCACAGUGUGAGGAAAGGGUUAAUGCAUAUUACUGAUCACAGUGUGAGGCAAGGGUUAAUGCAUGUUAUUGAUCCCAGUGAGAGGUCUCUGUGAUCAGUAACAUACAUUCACCCUUCCUUGUCUCACUGUGACUAGUAAUAUGCAUUAACCCUUUCCUAUGGCUGAGAGCUGUAACAUGCAUUUAACCCUUCUCUCGCUGUGAUAGAAGGUAAAACUCCAUGGAUUUGAGUAAUUUUGCAACCUAGAUUACAUAUGUUAACCCUUCCCUGGUACUGUGAUCACUGUCACAUGCGUUAACCCUUAUUCUGUCUCUGUGAUCAGUUACAUGUAUUAACCCUUCCUUUAACUGUGAUUGGUAAACAUGCAUUAAUCCUUCCAGAUACUGUGAUCAUUAACACGUUACAAUGCCCCUAUCAUAUGGGCAACAGACAUACCCAUUGUACAGCGCUAUGGAAUUUGCUGGUGCUAUAUAAUUAACCUUUUGCCUCAUUUAGACCAUUAACAUGCCUGCACCCUUUUACUCUCAAAGUAUUUAACUUGCACUGCAUUGACCAUUCUUUUACCACACUAACAAACCUCAAAUAUUAACCCCUCAUUGACCAUGGAAGACUGUCAAGCUCCAAUCCAGCAUCUAUUUCAAUAAGACUUUAAUGCAUUGUGAUAAAAGUUAUUUGCAAUGUGACCGGUAUGCAAAAGACCAUUUAUAAAUCCAUCCUAAACAGUGGAGCAAAUCACAUUUUUCCUUUUUAUGUCACAGUGAGCUAAAACUGUCACUUGGCUCUCAAGGGUAAAUACUGUCUUGUACAAUCAAGUACUUUUGUAAUAGACUUCUUAUCGUUGAUGAAAUUUUUUUUUCUUCUGUUAUACCUUUUUAUUAAUUCAUUCAUUGUUUUCCACCCAGCCUGUAAAUCCAUAAUGGCAUUCCAUAUAUUGACUGUCCUAUUCUAAAGGGAUCAUUAGAAUGGGAGGCACUGCUCCAGUACCCAGUGCAAAUCUGUCCCUUUGGGUUUAAUCGCUAAAUAGCAAACUGACAAAGAAGCACAACACCUAACGUUUAUUUGAAAUCCUCCACCACUUUUUUUUUCUUUGAUUUGAUAUUUCCUAAUUUCUCAGUUUAAUCCAUGACAGUUCACAAUUUAGUAAAUAAUCCCUUUAAACCCAAAACAGCGAAAUUGGAUAGAGAAGCAUGUUGGAUCAUUUUUAUUUUUUUCUGCUUUUUUUGGGCUCAGUUUGUGUAAGUGCCCUCUUGAUUCUCUGCUGUUGAGUCACUCAUUAGAAAAAUAAACCCCUUUUGAUUAUUUGACUUUACAGUGGCCUUGUGACAAUCAUAGGUAAAUCUCUCUAUAAUCUCUCUUCGCCUUUAGUCUUCUGUGUAGGUAACCUGCGGUUAUUGCUAACAAAUCGCCCAAAUAUACUAAUCGCUGUGCUCUUUUGGUCAAUUAGAUGCUUACUUAUAAUGUAAUCUAAAUGUGAUCAUAUAAUAAAAAAACUAGCCUUCUUUAUUCACUCCCAUUCAGGCACUAACAUAUCCUUUUAAUAGGGGACAUUUACAAUGAUUUCUGCUCUUUGAAUACAUAGAGGGUUAUUUACUAACAGGGUUAUUUACAGAAGUGAGAAUUCAAACUGAAUUUCAAAUGUUAAAUCCGAAAUAGGAAAACUGUGGGGGGGGGGGAGACGCAAAUGCAUUCAAGAGAACUUCUGUGGCCUUAAUUUUGAAAUUCCCUUUGAAUCCACUUUGAACUCCCACUUAUGUAAAUAACCCAGUUAUUUUCUGUAUAAAUCGCUAAAAUGUUAUGCAAUGUCAAUUUGCCCAGUUUUUAAAUUAUGGUUAUUCACUACGCCAGUUAUUGUGGAAAAUGGACCGAGGAAUUUCAAAUUUGUAAGCCAAAUUAGACACAAUUCAAAGAAUUCUACAACGCUCUUCUAUUUUUACAGCUAAAAUGUAAAGGCCCAAAAUCUCAAUUCACUUUUUAGUUUUCUAGAAUUCCUGGUUUUCGGUGAAGUGUGCCAAAUAAAUUGCUCAGGGGUUUAAUCAUUAAAAGGAAAUUUUGGAGAGUGGAAACCAACUUAGCAAAAUGUAGGUCAGAAAUCCCCACACUGGCAUUGAAUUGGUUCCGUUGGAUAAUUUAACUGUGCUAUUUUCAGUUUAAAAUUUUGCAAAUCCUGGUUUAAUUUCAACACAACCUAUUAUUUGCUGCAUUAACCUAUUGUUUUUUGCUGAAACCUAUUUGAUACCGUUUAUAAUUAUUUUGGUUAAAUUACUUCCUUAGAAAUUUCUAUUGGCUUUUUUUCCCAUUAAAUUGUGAAUUGUCAAUGUCAAGGACAUUUACACUUUUUAGACCAAAGUAACUAAAGUGGAAAAAUGAAUUAUGCCAACUAAAUUGUCCCUUGUCAAUUUUUUCCCAAAUGUCAAAUUUACUGAUAAAUAAUCCCCAAUAUAAUAGCAUAUUGUUCAGAAUGAAUUUAUAAUUUUAAAUAACCAGGCUGAGAGAAAUUGGACUCUCUAUUUAAAAAAAAAAAAAAAAAAAAGUUAUGAGACAUUUUGUGGAAUAUUUAAUAUUGUUUGUAUAAUCCCAAAAUAUUCAACAGUGCUUUGCUAUGGGGCUAUAAAGACUGCUAAUAAAUUAAAUAUAAAUCUAAGGAACAUUUCAGUCGCCGUAACUAUUACAGAGUGCUGUGGAUAUGUUGCCAGGAGUACCUUGAAGCACCACUUUGUAAGGAGUUGAACCAUUUUUGAAUGGUUUGACUCAUUACCUCCAGUACUAACAAUGAAGAGCUGACCUUCUAAGCUAAUAGGCUGCGCCCUGCAAGGCUUAGCUCAGCAGAGCUAAUGGGAAUUCACAUUUAGGAACUUUAGUCUCUCUGACAUUGGUGUAGGCUGGGCCAAUCAGUUUGACUUGUUACAAUGGAGGGGGUGCCAGGGCCCUACUGGUACCACAGCCGCAACAGUGGCAUGCAGUAGUUAUGGUGCCUGGACUGUUCUUUACAGAAUCGGUUAUAAUCUUUUGCAAUCUUGGCUGCAUUUGGCACCCAUUGUGCACAGGAACCACUAGCUGGUGAGUAACCUUCGAGGUUAACCCCUUAAGGACAUAUGACAUGUGUGACAUGUCAUGAUUCCCUUUUAUUCCAGAAGUUUGGUCCUUAAGGGGUUAAACCGAUCUCUAAUGGCUUAACCCAGCAGUUCUCAAAAAACGGAGAUAUUUUCACGGUGCUAUGAUCAAAUGAUCAUAGCAUCGGGAACUGUGCCUCCCUCUUCCUGUCGGCUCUGCAGUACCGGAGGGGAGAUCAAACUCACCAGCCUGCUAGGACUGUAAUGCUGGCAGGUGAGGGGGGAAGAGAGGACUCGGGGGAGCUCUAAUUUGCAGCUCCGCCGGGUUCUCCUCUUGCAAGCUCAGCGUUGCUGUGGUUACCACAGAAAUGCUCCAAAUCUCGCGAGAGUGAACUCUUGUCUGAGCUGUAGGCUAGAGUUCACUCUCACCACUGGGACCACCAAGGUCUCUCCACCGGACCACCAGGGAUUAGUACUGUCCCCCCUCCCAGGCAAAGGUAAGCAGAAAGGGAGGAUAUGAAUAUAAUUAUUUUUAAUUAAAAAUAAAUAAAUUUAUAUAUUCAUGAAUUUGCCCUCCUACCCCCAAAGAGACACAAUAACUCUCCCCCAUACAUACAUACAUACAUACAUACAUACAUACAUACAUACACACACACUUCCCCACACACAAACACUGUACCCACGCACACACACACUGCUCCCCCAUACAUACAUACAUACAUACACACACACACACUGCUCCCCCACACACAAACACUGUACCCCUCAUAUAACAUGGCCCCCUCACAAACUGUCCCACAUACACACACACACACACACACACACAAACACUACAUCCUUCACAAACACAAUGAACCUCGUACACUCACUGCACCCCUCACACACACUACUGCCCCAAUUCCCUACCACAGUCCCUAUCUUGGCAGAUCCCUGGCAAGUUGUCAAACUGUUCUUAAACAGUUUGACUACUUACCCUGGGAGGGCACUACUGGCACCAUAACCACUACAAUGUAAUGUAGUGGUUAUUGUGCCUGGAUUGUUUCUUUAAAUAAUCUACCAAUGCCACUCCCAAGAUUAGGUUCUGAAUCUGCGCCUGAACGGCAAGCAUUUCUGCCGAACAGGGCCCCAGUAUAUGACGCUGCGCUGUACAUAUAUACAACCUAGAAAAUUGUUUUGAUAAAAUAUUGAAAUAUUAUGUGCGCCUUGAACCAAAACAUUUGGGAACCACUGGUGUUACCCCUUCAGGUAAGAAGGCACCAGGGACCUCCUGGGUAUAACAAUGAAGAUGUUAUGGUGCCCAUACAAUUCUGUGGUGCCUAAGUGAGAUAUCACUGAUAUAUAGAGCAUAUUACAAAGGAGAGAAUUUACCUUGAACUCCAACAGAAACACCACCUCUUAAAUCUUUGUGAUCAAACUAGCAGAGAAAGCGUUAAAGAAUUCUGUGUAUAUAAUAAGACAUGCUAUCAAAUACAUGUUUAUAUUCUAUACUUUGUUCAGACACAUCUUCAUGUUUUAUACUAGUGCCCUCGCACCAGUCAGCCAUAUAUCAUAAUUGUUAUUGUGUACAGUGUUAAUACAGCACAGACUGUAUACUUUGCUUUUAUUAUUAGUUCAUUGUCUCAUAUUAACUAUUUUUUUUUCUCUCUCAAGGUCAUAGGUUUUUUGUGAUUACAUAUUGAUUCAAUAUUUAAUAUAUAGUCCCUUUAAAAAAAAAAAAGAAAUGUAGAUGAAUUGUGUUUUGUUUGUUUUUUUGUUUUUUUUAUAAUUCAUCUUUUAUGUAUUUAUGUCACACUGACUGGGUUUUGAAACCAACGUAAAAUUGUUUAGCUUAGUCACUGAAAAUUACAGUGAAUGCACCUGGGCAUUUCAAAUGUUAGCCCAGAAUAGCUCAACUGGAAUAAUCCUUUUAAACUACUUUUGCAGCUUGUCUGUUUGGACCUAAACUUUGCUCUGAACUUGCCUAUUCUCCUCAAUUAAUUUGAAGGCCCAACCUCCCCACCCCAUUCCUGCAGGACAAUACAAAUUUGUACAAUGGACAGACAAAAACGUCACAUUGCAGACACACAAACGUUAGGUGCAUGCGCACAUUAGAUUAGCUACCAUGUAUUUUCCUUUCUUUGUAAUAAAUUGUAUUGCUUCUUAAAGGAACACUAUAGGGUCAGGAACAUGUAUUAAAACCACCAUCUGCCCCCCACCCCCCUUUAAAUUUAGCAAACGCUUACCUUUAUUGCAGUCUGCUGCUGCUGGCUCUGCCCCUGUUCUGCAUCCUUGGCUGACAUCAUCAAAAGUUGUGUUCUGAGCCUAUCACAAUGCAUCUCUAUGAGCAAAGUUAAGUGUUUCCAUGCAGUGGGUGCAGAUACUGAAUAUCAGUGUGCUGCACUGCCCCUGUAAGCAACUCUAGUGGCCAUCUGAGGAGUGGCCAGUGGAGGUAUCCCUAGGCUGUAAUGUAAACACUGCACUCUCUCUGAAAAGACAGUGUUUACAGCAAAAAGUAUGAAGGGAAUGAUUAUACUCACCAGAACAAAUUCAAUAGCUGUAGUUGUUCUGGUGACUAUAGUGUUCCAUUAAGCCCAAUCUUUCUUCCCUUCCCAACCAAACUCAUUGUUCCUCUGUUUUCUCCAAAAUUACGUCUUCAUGACACCAUGUUGUUUUCUGGAUGCUGUGGUUUAGGUGUUUUCUUCAGUAACAACAUCUAAAAAUUUAAGAAAACCCAUUUGGUACAGUGUUCCUUACCUGAGUGUUGCCACAUAAGUCUGGGGGCAGUGUGUGUUCCCAGUUGCAGGUCCUAUUAUGAAAUUACAUCAGCAAUCAUUGGCACACGUGCCGUUCUCUUUAGUAUUCUCUUCUGGGCAAAACACGGGAAUCUUUGCAAUGUGAGUUUUCCAUUUUCAAAUAAGUGAACAUCAUGAGUUCUUCCUGCUUCAGAGAGGGUUUACUGCGUUGGUGUUUAGUAAUGUUCGUAAUUUUGUAUUGUCUUUUGCAUAUAUAUUUAUUAUGCGAUUAUAAGACAAACCAAAAAAACAAACAAACACUGUUUGCUAACAAUUUGAAAACUUGCAUGGGGUUAUCCAGGCACUGGUUACCUCAUCCACUGAUUUGGUUGGAGUAACCCUUUAAAGGAACACUCUGAUUUUUAAAAUAAAUUUUUAUCUAUAUCAUAUGUUAGAUGUGCUUCUUUUAAAAAAUCUUACUUUUCUUUAAAAAAAAAAAAAAAUGCCAUAACUACAAAUCCAUAACUUUUAAAACCACCAUUAAACUUCUCUGUAAUUCAGGUUGGGACAGACUCCAGACCGCAGCCCAAUACUCGUACUGUGAGAUCACUAGGCUUGCUGUUCUGUGUCCAAUCAAAUUAUUCCCUUGCAGAACCAAUGUGGGCUUUACGGCGCAUGAGUGGCAAUCGCUCUCUCUGAGAAGUCACUGAAUUGGGGAAAAAAUAAACCAUGCUAGUUUUCAGAAAUAUAAAUGUGCAAGGGCACAUCUAUGUCCCAUAUUACUUCAGUAAGAUGAAGUGAUCUUGAUGCUUAGUGUCUCUUUAAAAUUAGAGAAGUCUCACUUUCCAAGGCAACUAAAUCUGACAUGCCGAGGAAGGAGGCGAUUGACACUGCAGCCACACAGUCCUUUCAGAUUAGCUCAGGCCUUGCCAGAGAGGUAAUGCUGAUACCCCUCUACACACAUUGGAAUCUGAGGAAGUUGCACGACGAAUACUGGGACAAUGUAUUUUGCAAAAGCACUCAAGCUUGUUCACUAAAAUGCAACUUUGCAGCUCAUAAUUCACAUUAAAGUAACUAACCUGAGAACUGCUUAUUUGUAGAUUUUUAGCAGUUGUGAACUAAGACUGGAAAUUGACUUUGAAUUCCCAUCAAUUCACAUUCUCAGUGAAUAACUAACUUUCCUGGGAAUUGGAGUGGGUUAUGCUUUACUUCCCACUCUUAUUUCAAAAGAUGAAACACUUAUUUGAAGUGAGUGAAGGUUAUGUUAAAUGCCAUAUUCCAGGUUAAAUUUUGCAAACAUUUUUCAUUCACGCAGUGCCAAAAUUAAUUAAAUAAAUAAAAAUACAAACUUGGGAAUGUCUCUCUUAGCAGAUUAUUUUCAAGACUUUUGUUUGCCUAGUGUGUAGAUAAAAUCAUCUAUUGAAUGGCUGAGAGCUCUCAGCCAGUCUCUGGACACUGUGUGAUGUGGAUUUCCCUCCUGUCCUUUCUCAUAGGAUCAGUGUAGCCAUGCAGUUCCUAUUGUCUGUUUAUAAAGAGCUUUCUAUAAAAUCAUAAGUUAGGAUCCAGACAAGACUUUCACCAAUCAGAGAAACACUUAAUUAGCAUUUCACACUCGCACAGCCCUUGUUAGUCAUACAUACUCAAUUGUCUACACUCACAAUGGUAUCACUUUAAUUGCUUUUAAACACAAACCGUUAGCCAUCUCUUAUGUAUUAGCCGCACACAUAAUUGGCUAGUGAUGCACACACUCUCACUAGUUAGUCAUACAGACCGAAUUAGUUAUACUCAUACCAGUUGCUCUUACUUUAAACAUGCUAAUUAUACUUUCUCUCGUGCAACUAGUGAGUCGCCCACUUUCACACAAAACUAGUUAGUGAAACUAACACACACACACACCCCAUCCCCCCCAGCCAAUCACAUGUUUACCUCUAAUUUUGGGGUAGCCUUCAUCUUCAUCUCCACUGAUGCUUUGUCAGUAUUAUGGUUGUAAGAGUAUUAUGGGGGAUAUAUAUAUAUAUAUAUUCCACUAUAUCAAAGUGUCAAAGGUUACCUACCCAUUCUCUAAUUACAAAUAUAGGCACUUAUCCACUGUAUAAAGUCAUCCCUUCUCCUGAUGUUCAUAUUUCUCAAUUCACACAGAGUUUAAUGAAAGACUGUAAUGUUAAGGGAUUCUCUAGUGCCAGGAAAACAAACCUGUUUUCUUGGCACUGUAUAAUCUAGGAGUGCCUCCCGCCCCCCCAUCCCACGUCGCUGAAGGGGUUAAAACCCCUUCAGACACUUACCUGAAUCCAGCGCCGAUGUCCUUGAAUAAUGCUUUCCUAUGAGGUCUACUGCGUGCGCGUGGCCAUUGAUGAUGUCCUUCGUGCUGGGUCAGCCUCCGCCCACGCCCCUCGUCUGCCGGUGGGGGAGGAGCAUGGACGGAGCCUGACCCAGCACGAAGGACAUCAUCAAUGGCCACGCGCGCGCAUUAGACCUCAUAGGAAAGCAUUAUUCAAUGUUUUCCUAUGGAAAUUCCUGCGACACUAGAGGUCCUCAUGCAUAGCAUAGGACCUCCAGCGUCAUUUAGACGACCAAAAGUAGUCUUUAAUAAUUACACUUGCAGGGUUAAGGGUGUUGGGAGUUGGCACCCAGACCACUUCAAUGGGCUAAAGUGGUCUGGGUGCCUACAGUGUCCCUUAAGGAACACAAAACAGUUUUCUUAACACUAUUGUGACCUCUGCUCCCCCCCCUCCCAGCAAAUAAAGGGCUAAAAAAACAAAACCCUUUUUACACUUACCCGAUUCCACAAUAUCCAUUGGUGCAGGAUGCAGUGUCAGGCUCCUCUAUGCCAACCCUGCAUACAAACUCCGUAAACUGCAGGAAAUGCCUCUAGUGGCUGUCUGGUACACUUCUCUAAAACUUUACUUACAUUGCACAGCUAAGAGGACAGACACACUGCACCCAGUAAAAUUAAGUGGUCUUGGUGCCUAUAGUGUCCCUUUUAAUCGCAAGAGGAUGUCCAGCUUCUUGAAAAUCCCAAAAAGUUUUUAACCCUUUAUUUGCCCUCGUGUGGGGGUGGGGGGUGGCAUUCUGGGGCAGAGGGACACUAUAUUGUUAGGAAUACAUUCUUUUCAUGGUAAAAUAACUGCAGGACAAUCCAAGGCAGAUUGUCUACACUCCUUGGCAAUAGACCUUAUGGGUUAACUCAUGCUGGAGUGGACCUAAUCAUAUGCUGUAUUUAUUUAAUGCAUUGCAAUAUGCAAAAUAAAUCUAUAAAAAGGACACUCGUAUUUUGAUAUUCCUGCAUUUGCUGCAAAUCUCCAGCCAUGCAUCUUCUGUAGUGAGCUCUUCCUAAACCAGGAACUGACUCUGCCAACUUUCCAUCAGACCUGCUAAACUUCUACCAUCGUGUGUAUGCUCUUUGUGGCAAAGCAAGAGUAUCAGGGUGUUAUAGUUCCAUUGUUAGAUUAGUGUAUAGAGACAAGAACUAAACUACACCUCUCCAACCAAAACCAAGUUAUAAAAUCAUGUACGCCUGUAUGUUUGGAGUAAAAGGGAGGGAAUACCAGAUUGGAAAGGACCGAAAGUAACAUCACUACUAUUGUUCUGCUUGCAUUUCUUUCUCAGACGUACACAACCUGUAGCACUCCAGCUGCCCAUCUUAUUAUAGACAACAUGGCAGCUGGCUCGACAUCAUAGAAAAUCUGUCAUCUAAAAAGAUGAAUUGAGGACACUUUUUUUGUAUAGGGAGUCGGUGACCAGUGGGGUGAGAGAUUGAAUGCAAACCGUUCCUUUAAACAUAUUAACUGAAUUCCUGAUGGGCUUAAUUUGUUAUAUUUCCUACUCUCUCCCAUGCAUUCCGCUGCUGGUCAUAAUCUCAUUGGAAAGGAGAUUAUCCCUUUUUAGUGUCAGAAGGUUCAGCAAAGUAAUCUGUUUCAUGCAGCGUCAUAUAACCAAAGCAAUGUCUGCCUUGGUGAAUAGGUCUAGAUAUUCACAUUAACCUUUCCUUUGCCAGGGGAGAGAAAGUGCCCUGUCUACACCCCAAGGAUAAGAGUGUCAGUUUAAGCACCAUAACCACUACAGUCAUUUUGUAGUGUUAUGAUGCUAGUAGGCUCUGUGGACCUUGAUCCCCAUUUCUGUAUCAAACCCUUUUCAAGCAAAUUUGGCAGAAAAUCUGGGGAUUCCCCAGACACUGGUGGCCCGACUCCCCAUUUGCAUGGCAGUGACAGACCAACAGGUGCAUGUACUGGUCUUACAAGGUUAUUCACUAAAUAAAAGGCCAAAGUAACCAAAAUGUAAGCAUGGGUGACUUGGCUACGAAUUUUCCCAAUUUGGCUAUUAUGACUUUAAAUUUGUAAUUCACUUUGAAUUCUCACUUAAGUAAAUUGUAGUCCUGUUCAAAAAUUAGUUUUAAGCGAUUUGUCCAAUUAAAAUUCCUGGUAAUCUUUGAACAAAUCGAUUUGAGGACAGUUUUACAUGUGAAGUCUACUGAUGAGAUCGAUUCGUACUAAUCACGUGACACAAUUUUUAAAAAUUUUUUUUUUUUUUUUUUAAUGUUUAGUGAAUAAUCCUGUUUGUUUGGAUUUUCUGUCAUUUGUGCCUGUGCUGCUCUUGAUGUUACGUUGUUCUGUCAUGCUUGUGCUCACAGUGGUUUUGGUGGGAAGCCUUGGUGGGGGGAUGAGGGGUGUGUGGGAGGGAAAAAAGGACAUUUAUAGAAUGUUAUUUGUUUAUUUUAAAAUCUGCUGGUUUCAUCAAAAUUUUGCUGUACUUGUCUGCUGUAUAUUUAGUGAAUAAAACACUUAAUUUAACCAAAUUGUACAGUUGUUUUUGAGCGUUCAUUUUAAAACCAACCACUUGACCAGUAAAGCGCCAAAGACUAAAUGUAAAAUCUCUCUUCAUUCCACAACAAUGCUGGGUAAAUGUACGCCUAAUAAAUGGGAAUUAAUGCUACUCUAUACGUACAAUAAUUACUACUUGAUGAUUUGAAGAAAAAAAAAAAUGAAAAAAGCCAUGAAAAUGCGUGUUUCAUAAAAUACUCUAGUCUAAUAGUUAAAUUGUUUCGAGUAUCCCUAUUGUUGGGCUAUAUUAAAAAAAAAAAUCCACUAAGUGUACAUGUAAAUAGUAAUUAUAGCAUUUAAUGUUCUUUAGUGAAUAAAAGAAAAUAGCCAUUUUGUUGGUUUUUUUUUUCAGGGGAAGGGGAGAGGGAGAUGGGUUGUUUUUGUUUAAUUUUAAAAAGUGAAGUUUUGACCUGAGUUUAUCAAAAUUGUAGCUUUAAACUGUAUCUUUUUAUUAAAUUCUUCAAGUAAAAAAAAAACAAAAAACAAGAAAAAAAACUUUUUCUCUUCCACUCUGGCUGAUAGCCAGCAGAAGUUGUUUUCAGCCCUUUUCUCUUGUUUCUGGCAGCUUGAUCCCAUGUAAAAUGAUCUUGUUAUUGGGGGGGAAAGUUACAGAUACGUUUUGCAUGUUGCAAGCAGCUUUCAUUGCUUUGCUAAGCAGGAUUGUCCAUGUUAAAAAAUAAUAAAUAAAUGUAACAAACAGCUAAUAGUAAUAUUUUUUUUUUUUAACGUCUUAUGAAAAGUGUGUGUGUGUGUGUGUGUGUGUAGUUAUGUUCUCCUUAACUCUCGUAGGAUCAGAUUACAUAAAAUGCUUUUCAACCACCCCAUUGGCGAGCAGAGGGGGAAUGUGCAGAUCACUGCCUACAUUAACCCAUUUGCUCCCAGCUGGCUGGCUGCUCUCAUACCGUGAAUUUCGAACUUGUUUUUCAGAACAGGAAUGCUUUCUGUAGGAGGUGUUUCUGGAGGCAGUCCAUAUGAAAAAUGUUUGAGGCCACUUGCUAGCAGUUAAUAGUGGAACAAACACUUUUUAAUGCUGGAACUUACUUAUUUACUAGUCCAGUAAGGGAGGAUUUUCUUAAAGGUAUUUAUGUUGCCUGAGCAUAAUGGGGAUUGCAGUUGUCAAUCAUAUUUACAAAGACAGCGGUGUGUGUUAAUAUGCAUUUGCAGAGCCCCAAGCUAAUGUUACUGGUUUGAGUAGCAUAUUGCGAUUGUUUAAAAAAACAAAAAAAAAAAAAAACAUGUGCGCUGUGCCUUUUCGGUCAAAUUCAAAGGUUUGUAGCGAUUGUUGUCCAAUGUGAAAGGCAGCUUGAGCAACCCAUACCAGUGCCUCUCCUAUCUGGUUACUGAUGCAUGGUAGGGAAGAUAAGACGUAUUAUUAUUAUUAUUGCCGUUUUAUAUAGCGCCAACAGAUUCUGUAGCGCUUUACAAUAUUAUGAGAGGUGUAAUUUAAUUAUAAAUAGGACAUUUACAAGAAAACUUACAGGAACGAUGGGCAGUGCCUUGAUGGGGUCCUCUGAUUCAAGGUGAUAUGGAAUGGGGGAAAAAAGGAAGGAAAUAUAGUGUAGUAGGUAGAUGCUUGUACAAUGGGACAAAGUAGAAAUGCACUUACAGUAUUUAGAGCUAUGAAUUGGCUCCAGUUAAUGUCUUGGUGGUACAUUCCCCACCUGUGGAUAUAAGCUUGAAGUCUUAGUUCAAUGGAGUGUAGUUCGGAUAUAUAAUAAAAUUGGAAUAACAAUAACACUGACAUAGUUUAGUAUGUCAGACGUCUAGAGAAGAGGAUAAUAUAUUUAGAAGUGAACACACAUUUCAUGGAGCCUUUUGUGUAGGGCUUGGAGUAGAAUAAUCCCCACUCUGGAAUCUAUGUGCAGUACCCUUUAUUGGCUAUAUGCAGGUUAAAAUCCUCACCAUGAUCUAUAAAAACAUGUAAAACAAAGUGCACACUGUGUUGUACAAUAACAGGUAAUGCACUCACUUGGUUUAUAUACCCCACCAAGGAAUUUGAUGUAGCAGCAUCACCAUAAUCAGAACGUCCAGAGUUAGUAAUUAUGCAUGAAUUUUAUUUGAAACGUAAUAAUAAAAACAAAGAAUAACGUAGAAUAGCACACAAUGCAUUUCACCCAGUAAGUAGGCUUUUAUUCCAAAGUGUUCACAGAUAAGGAGCCCUUCACUGCUUAUAUACCAGAGUAUACAAUUUUGAAAGGAACGAUCACAUGACGUAAUAGGGCUGUUUAAUUAACUUAAAAACAACUCACAUUAAGCAAAAACCAAUAUGAGAGUUUAUAAACUUAUAAAAUUGAGGUCUUUAGGACAAAAGAAAACCAAGAGAUAUAAAAUGGGGGUGUAGCAAGAUGGUUCCGCAGUCCGCGUCAUGUGAUUUAAUGUGGCCUAAAAAUAUACUCAAAAAACUACUAUACCAUGGAUGGACAUAGGCGAGUGAGGAAAGGAAGGGGAUCUCAAAAAGAGCAUUUUAAAAUCAGAAAAAUUGACCCCCACCGUGAGAGUAGUAAGUUGGAUGCGCUUCGGGAGGGGGGGAAAUGGCGCCUUGGCCUGCGUCAUGUGACAUGCGAGGCCAUGAUGGGAAAAUAAGAUUAUAGCUAAGGGAUGGGCAAACUGGGGGUUAUGAAUAAAAGUGUAGAACAAGUAUUGGAAAAGAGGGGAACUGGAUCGUGCAGAAAUUGCUGUCCGGCUCGAACAAAAUGGUGGUGGUGUGUAGCACAUAGACCUAAUGCCUCGUUGUGUUCACCUCUACAGCAGGGAUAUUCUCAAUAUCCCUGCUGGCAUUGAUUUGCAUGUUGCGAUUUACAGCGGCGAUGUAGGAGUGGGGCAUGGAAACAAGCCUGCGGAGCUGGAUUCCAGAUACACUUAUUUAUUUUAGUGCAUUUUAAUGUUUUUUUUUUUUUUUAAAAAAGGGUUAGGAUAAAAUUAAGAAAACCAGUGAGCACUAUGGGAUUUCUCGAUCACGGGAUUUGUUAUAGAAUAUAAAAAGUAUUGAAUAAGCAGAUCUUGAAGCAAUCGUGUCUUGUUCUCCAAUAAUGCAGACCAAUGAACAGUUUCCCUAAACAGUGGUCAUACUGAGCCUGACUGCUUCGUGGUAGAAUGGUAGAAAAAAAGACCUAGUUGAGAAAUAAUAAAUUAAAUUUUUAUUUUUAUUUUUUUAAUUACUCUUGGCAUUGUUAAAUAAACAAUAGUUUGUGUUUUACCCACCCAAAAAGUUGUUUCCAAUCUAAACGUUUAACAUUCUUGUACACAACUGUCCCUGCCUUUAUUGGUUCUUGUGAGUGUAUUUCUCUACAGACCUGUUCAAUUUUAGCAUUUGUCAGCAUUUUUCACCCUUACACUGUUUGUCAGCAUUUCUUCACCCUUCUCAAAAGAAAACUUUUCCAAAUCGCUCAGUUAGAUGUUUUUUGUUUGUUUGUUUUUCUCCCCUUUAAUGCUCUGUGUCAGAAUUCCAGGUGACUGCUUCCCAUACCAGGAAUUCUUAUAGACUGUAUCUGCCCUUUUUUCAUUUUGUGUACAAAAUAAAAUUCCUUUAGAUGACCAGUAGUAAUUUUUUUUUUUUUUUUAACAAGGUUACGAACUGAAAUGCGAAAUUCUCUGUCUGAAGAUAAAGAAUUUAAAAAACUAAAUUACUUUAGAUCACCUACCUCCGCUUAAUGAAUCCGUCUUCCCCUUUUUUGUUUGUUUUUAUCUAUUUAUCUUUCUUCCCGGAAAGUCUUUUUGAACAUACUUUAUAAGGUAAAGAUAUUACUUUAUCUUAUGGCCUUUAAUUCUAGAGACUCAAUUAAAGCAUUAAACUCUAUUUCUCCAACCUUUCCAUUUUCUUUGUAGUAGUUCAAUAAGUCCAUAUCCACUGUUGUCUGAGCACGGCCUUUAACCCCUUAAGGACACAUGACAUGUGUGACAUGUCAUGAUUACCUUUUAUUCCAAAAGUUUGGUCCUUAAGGGGUUAAUCAAUUUGCGCAGCAAGGAAAGCCACUUUAGCCUAAUGAAGAAGGUUUGGUGUGUAAAUCAUGCCCCUACAAUCUCACUGCUCAAUUCUCUGCCAUUUAGGAGUUAAAUCACUUUUGUUUAUUUAUUUAUGAAGCCCUAGCCACACCUACUCUGACGGUGACUGACACCGCCUGCAUGAAAAAAAUUAUUUUCAAUCAUAUGUGACUUACUUUAAAAGUUUUUAUCUCCUGCUCUGUAAAUUGACCUGUAAUCACACACAGGUGGCUCCUGCGGAGUCUAACAAGCUGUUAACAGGGCAGGAAAUAAGAAAUUAAACAUAAUUUGCAAUAGAGGAAGUAUAAACAUUAGAUGACUCUUUACAGGAAGCGUUUAGGAAGGCUGUACAAGUCACAUGUAGAGAGGUGUGACUAGGGCUGCAUAAACAAAGUGAUUUAACUCUUAAAUGGCAGAGAAUUGAGCAGUGAGACUACAGGGGGCAUGAUCAAUAAACCAAAACUUCUUCAUUAAGCUAAACUUGUUUUGGAGACUGUAGGGUCCCUUUAUGGUGUUGCAACCAGGGAAAAAGAACCAUAACUAUAAGAUGGAUACUAUGGUCACUUUUAUUUUAAAUGAAAAAUAAAGACCGAGCAGCAUUAACAGUGGUAUAUAUUCAUAACCCCUUAUCCUUGCUCCAGAUCCCGAGCAGAACAUGACUAGCAGACCACUGGGGACCAGCUAAUACCAAAUAUUAUUGUUAGCUUGUGCCAUUCUGAAUGGCGCUUUUUUUUUUUUAACGCAGAUCCCCUGUAAAGGGCCCCUUCCAAAUAAACAUGCAGGAGCCUUGGGUAGAAAUGAUAAGCUAAUGGCUGUCAUACUUUGCUGAAAGGUUGGUUUUUACAGCAUGCUCUCGCUGUCUCUGCCAAGUAAGAGGUUUUGUGUGUGGUAGAAUGUAAAUGUUGAUGACUAAUUCUUGUUCGGUGGCAAAAUGACAGUACGCCACCUCAUUCCUAAUGUAAUCAAGUGGCUGAAAAAAAAAAAACAAGAAAAAAAACAAACCACUGAAAUGUAAGCACCUGCUGUUGCCCACUGAGCAGCAUGCAACCAUAACGUUAAAUUUUUAUAGCUUGCUAGCAAUUCUAUAACAUUUCAUUUGAUCUGUUUUUAUGUGAAGAUUUUUGGCUUCAAAGCAGUUUGAGUAUGUUGGGGAAACAAGUUUAAAAAAAUGUAUCUGAUUUAUUUUUUUAAAGUUUAGAUUUUAGAAGUCAAUCACAGUCUGCUUCAUAAUCAAUUAAACGAUAUCUCUGGACGGCAACUGGCCCAACUUUAAAUUUUAAUGCAUUAUAUAAAUAUAUGCUAUUUUUUUGGUCUGAAUUUUAGAAUGUAGAAAUCCUUUUUCCUGAAACGGAGUGUCUCCAUUUUGGUUCUCUGUCAAUCAUUGUUAUAAGCUUUGACCUUUGUAUUGAGAGCGCUUAGAGAGGAGGAGAAACAAUUUUUUUUCCCUCUUCCUCCUCCAAAGCCAUAUGUGCCAUGGUUAUGCCAGGAUUGAACUUGUUUGUGAUGUCAAGUGGUAAAACUUUAUUAUACAUUUAAAAGAAAGCAUAGCAUCCCAUGAGAAAAACAUAAAUUUGUGGGGUUUUUUUUUUUUUUUCCAGCGGUUUAACAUUUCCAAUUUAUAAUGUCCUGAAUUUGCAACUUCCUUCAAUACGCUUUGCUCAAACUGGCAGGUAAUUUAAUGCUCAUCUGCCACCCCAAGCUUAACCCAUUGCUUCCCAGGGGUAUAUAUAAAAGAAGCGCGUAACAGCCACAUCAUUUUAGAUACCUAUAGAAGAGGCUGUGGUUAGUAAGUUUGUCAACAAAAGGCUGGUCUUGACCUAUAUGUGUGUGUGUGUGUGUGUAGCCCACCAACACAAGAAAGGUUUAAUCUGGAGGUCCACCAAUCAGGAGCUUAUGGGUCAAUACCGUUGUCUUAUUAGAUGUGGCCAUGAGUUUAAGCGUAUUCUGGGAAUUCUCAACUUAUUGGUUUUUAGGUGGUCUACUCCAUCUUAUUGCAACUAUAUUAAUUUAAUCUGUUCAGUUGAGUAAAUGUAAGAUCUAAAAAAGCCGGUACAUAUCAAUUAGCUCACUUGUUUUUGUGGCUUACUCUCUUGCAUUUUUCCAAAAUCUGUUUGUUUGGAGAAUUCAUAUUUUAUUCUCAAUAGUGAGCUCCUUUCUUCAGAAAUGUGUUGCCAUACAGGGGAGUUUGUAAUGUUUUCUCUAGGGAAAGACUGAGUAGGUCUUGAACACGCAUAUUUACAACAUAUUACUGAAAAGAGUCAGUGUUUGACUGUGGGUGUAUUCAUACGAAUAUUUCAGAUUGGAGAAGUAGAAAGCGCAGAGUCUGCUUUGGACAAUGUGAAGAGAGAAUACAGAAGGGCAUGUGGUGGACAGCAAUUUCUGCUCCCUAUCUGCUCUAUGAAAUAUGAAACACAGUCCAAAUAGGAUCUAAACAGUCCAGGUUUAUCAGUAAUCCUGUUGGAACAUGGUUUGAUAAUGCUGAACUCCUGGCCGCCAUAUAGUUAUGGUUUGGAAAACUCGAAGUUAAAGGCCUACUUCAUUAAAGGCCACGUUGGUUCAAGAAUAGCCCCCCAAGGUAAUCAUCCUCUUGGAGUUACAAAACUUCAGGAGACACGGCAGUACUUCCCGUUUGGAAACAGAAGGGCUGCAAGAUUAUUGCUAGAGUCUACUUGGUAAAUAACCGCACCAGAAUCUAGUAAAAAUGAGUAUUAAGGCCUUUUAGCCUGUACUGCAUGUGAACGUAAUAUCCCAGCCUGUCGGCUAACUGGAUCAGAACAUGCAAUGUAUGGCAUAGACUUACCAGCCUUGUUGGGAAAUAAAGAGGUGUUGUCAACAAUAUUACCUCUAAAAAUGUCUAAUGUACUUCAAGAAUGACAAACUAUAAGUGUUCGAUACUCAGUUACUGUAUAUAGGUAGCCAGUGAUAAAAUUGCUGCUGCUGGGUUCUUGACAAGGUCACAUUUUAAAUGGAGUCAUUAUACAGACACCUUAAUGACGUAUUUCAUUGUUUUCAAAACCUGUUCGAUAUUACCUGAUAAAAGUUACUGUAAGUUAAAUAUAAACUAUAUUCACGGUGGACCUUGACACAAAGUUAGAUUCACACAGCCCCAGAGACCUGAUCCAUUAGAAUCUUGUCUAUGAUAAUGUUCUGUUAUGUAUUUUGUAAAGGACAGAGUAUUUAUUUUUUUUCUUUUUAAACCAAAAUCCUUCCCCUUCAUGGGUCUAGGAAGGGAUUGUUCGGGAAGUCCUCUCCCUUUUCUGUGGCGCUUCCUUUUGGAUACGUAAACAAGAAGUGAGGAAAAGCAUAUUGGAUUGUAACAGAUUGUCAGCCUUGAACUUUAAUCUUUUGAGUGCCAAAGGUUUGCUAGCCCUGUUUUGACAUGUAAAAGUUAACUGCAGAAUUGCAAAUAUUCUAAUUUUUUUUUAUUUUAUUUUAAAUUAUUACUAGACAUGGUUUUUUUUGGCUGAUAUCCCUACUAACCCCUAAGUUCUGCACUAAUCGGCCAGUGAAAAGUGUAAAUAUGCAUGUGACAGGAGCAUAUUUAUAUCUGUAUGAUCUAUCUAAUAUACGUGAUCUGCAUGUUACUUCAACUGGCAAAUCAUAUAAUGCAUGGACAGUGAUUGAUGUGAGGUGCAGGGCAGCACCGGGACAACGCCUACUGGACUACUCAAGAUUGCUGGGAGUUUUAAUUCAUUUAAUUCAGUCCCUGUUGCUUUAGAAUGUGCUAAGAGAGGAUCUGAGGAGAGGAUUGCACGGUCUCUGUCUCCCCAGUUUCUCUCCAAGGAUGUUGAGGGUGAAUUAAGAACGGCAGACACAUAUAGCAGCAUUGCACCAGGUGUGUAAACUGCAAUAUUGGGCAGGCCAUGACCUGUAUAUGUCGGUGCUGUAUUCUGAUUGAAGGAACAAUUUGGGCACCAUAACAGCUUCAUCAAAAUAAAGUUGUUAUGGUGCCAGAAGGUCCGGGCGCUUAUAAUCAUUAGACGUUACACCAUUAACAAACGGUUUAACGCCAAAAUCGGUCCUGCAGCACAGGAUCGCUCAGCCUCUCCAUACUUCCACUUUCUGAAAUUCAGCAAACACAGAAGGCUCAGGCAGCACAGGACAGGGACACAGGUGACUGGCUUUGAGUGGUCUGCUGACGCUUUUAUCUAUGCGGUUGUUCCCCGUUCAUAAAAACUACUUUAAAAAGGUACGUGAACGGUUCAACCUCUAAUGGUAAGGAAGGACCAGCGACCUCCUGGCUCCUUAAUGACUUACUUUCUAUGAUGUUGCUAUGGUGCCUGGGGUAUUCCUUUUAAAGAUAUUUUACCCCUAAACCUAAUUUUAAAAAAUAAAUACCAAAUAAAACAUUCAUUACCUAAAGGCAAAAUGUUUUUGGGAAAAUAAGUCCGUACAAAUGGUCAAUGAACAUUCAGGUGUACUUAUUUUAACCCCUUUAUCUACUUUUUGCCAUACGUUGGAUAAUUUUUUUGUUUUGUUUUUCAUAUAUAUGCCAAUUGAUAAUGUUCAGGAGAUUACUUUGGUCUGCCUUUAUGUGCCUGAAAAGCCAGUAAAUAAUUUCUCUAUAUCCUCUUUAAGUUCCCCCAUCAUUUUAUCAGAUUCUAGAAAGCCAGAGUCCCUCAUGAAGUGUUUUCAGGUCUCGCAACAUUUUUUCACUCUUUACAUUAUCUCAGCAAAAAAGGAAAUUGCAGAUCCACCCCAAACAAGCCUUGCUCUCCCUGCUGAAUACAUAUCACGUGUGGGAUUGAACGUGAUGUGUAGCACUCUGAUUUAAAACUUUUUAUUUAUUAUGGUAAAAUCUUGACCAAGAAUUUGGGUCCAAGCACUGAAGUUGUUGAUUCUCUCGAGUAACCUCUAAAAACCUCACAUUUCCACUUAUGCACUUUGUUUUUGCUCUGUCAAACCCUUUGCAACCCCAUUACUGUUCCACAAUCACACGAACCAAACGUUAGUCAAUGAAUCCUGUGUAAAGCAGGACAAGUAUAGGCGAACUUAAAGUGGGCAGGCCAGUGAAACGACCUAUAUUUUACCACAAAACAAAGAAAACAUUCAUCAAAGUAAUUCCUGCUUUGUUCUAUGGGUAUACUUCGAUGAUGCUGUAAUUUUGAUCAAAUAUUUGCAGAAUGUGUGAGGUAUAAUCCAUAGAUGGUGGAAACAUACCUUCCAAUAUUUCAACUGUGAGUAUUAGUGCUGCGGAGCUUUGUUAAAACUUAGAGACAUUGACGAUACGUCCUAGAGGGGUGUUAGGAUGGGAAAGAGGGACUGUGCACAAAAUAGGUACACUUGGGGGUUACUACUCCUUAAAUUAUCUCCAUAGUGUAUUGGGUAAGUGUAAGGAAACAAAGUCUAUUUAAACCUCAUUCGGUAGUUUCCUCCCGAACUGCCAGAGCCUUAGUGAUUAUAGCCCUCCGUUCGGUAGAUAAAGUAGACGAACCAUAUAGUAAUCCAAAUAGCUUCACAAGAUGAUUCCCUUAGUGAAACACACGAAUCCCCAAACAUCAGCCGAAGUCAAGAAGAAGGGUACGAAAUGAACUAACUUUUAAUGGUCACACAGGCUUUUAUGCAAGUCCCCAUGCAAGGGGACAUCCCUCAGGGAGGGACAAACAUUAACCAAUCACAUACUGUAAAACCAUAACACACACCCACAGUUCCCUCCCCUAGCUCUGGACAUAAUUAAGUCUGAAAAGAAACAGAGCCCCUUUAAUAUUUCCUGCUUUGUGAAUAAUUGGUACAAUAAUGCUUGACGCCUAGGUAAUGUAGACAUAUUAACAAUGUGAUUCAUUUAUCUUUUGUUGCCGGUGUAUUGUUCACCAUAACCUCCAGCUCAUACAUCCUGGUAAUUAUAUUUAUUUGUGUGUGUAUAGAUAUCUCAUUCAGGACAUGCUUUGAUUAAUUUUGCAGCAUUGUUUCUCAAAGCAAAAAAAAAAAAAAAAUUGUAAUGUUACUGAUUUAUGAUUUUGUUUUAAGUUACAUUUUGGUUUACUUAUCUAGGUACUCGUACUUUGGUAAGAAAUAAGGAAUCUUUUUGACGUACUGUUUUUUUUCUCCAAAAUAAAUUAUGGUUAUUUAACAUUCUCAAUCUAUUGUUGCAUUCAAUCCGUUGCAAGAUUCCAUAAAAGGGUUAUUAUACAGAUGUUGCUUUUUGUUUUUUCUGUGUGAGAAUGGGCUGACAAGUGAUGUAACUUGUCCACAUCUUUUCUUGUGCCUUUCAAACUUGUUUUUUUGUUUUGUUUAUUGAUUUGCUUUCAAACCCUGGCCCGAUUCAGUAAUGAGGCUGUUUACCUUGAGCCAUGCUAUAUCUCGUAUUACAUUGCGAAAUGAGGACUUGGAUUAACUUAUCUUGUUACAGUUGUCAGAAGUCAUUUAACGCUGGAUUGGGAAUGCUUUGCAUUCAAAGGGGUUCUCAAGGCUCCACCACCAUUACAAGCGCUUUUUUUUUUUUUUUUUUAAAUUUAUAACACGUAUGUGUAAUUUUUCUCCAAAUCAUUUUAUUUUAUUAACAGUUUGACAAACACCAUUUGAUUCUGAGUACUCUUAACCAACCCCAUAAUAAUAAUAAUAAUAAUAAGAAGAAAGUUUAACUACAUCCAAAUUUUUGUACAGCUUGAAAAUCGUUUGCUGAAAAAGAAGCGGACUACACCCAUAACCUCUUAGCACCAUAACAACUGUAAAAAGCUGAAAGGGUUAUAAUGUUUGGAAAGUCCCAUGUCAUGGUGUAAAAGUGCUUUAGAUUUGUAAUCCAUUUUCAUUACGUGCCUUUGAGUUACACACUUUGUUUUACUAACUCUGCUUAACACUAUGCCUUUUACUUCUGAAUGCCUCAAACUUGGCCAGGAAUCAUUUAAAAAAAAAAAUGCCAUGAUCAUGUCUGUCAUAUCUUAGAAAUGCCAAAAACUGCAUCCUGUAAUCACACUGCACAAUAAGUGGGGGGGGGGAGGGUGGGGGAGAGAAUCUGUGUUGUCACAUUUCCAGCAAAAACGUCUUAAACUUAUGUUACUAUACAAAGAAGUAUCGAAGAAACAAACAAAAAAAAGGAAUAGAUCGAUCUGCUUAAAGGAACACUAUUGUGUUAGGAAUACAAAGAUAUAUUUCUAACACUAUAGUGUCCCUUUGCUCCCCUAUCCUUUCCCUCCUCAGCCCCUCAUGUCCAAUCGAUCGCCGAAUCCUGUCGCUUCCAUCUCAAACGGAAGGGAUCUUCAACACAGACAAACAGGGGUUGUAUCCCAGGAUACUUGGGAGCCCAAGUGCGGGAACGGGGGGUCGCUGUACCUUUGUCUCCCAAGUGUAAGAAGGCUGCCACUCUGGCGAGGGGUUUCCCACACAAGACAACAGGGGGUCUUCAUCCCAGGAGCCUUUGUGCCUGGGAGCCAAGGCGUGGGAAAGGAGAUUGUCUGCCAAACUAGCCAGUGCCCCAAGUGUGUUCCCACCAACCUCUGGAAGCCCUCACAACGGUGCAUUCCUCGACCAGCCUCCGUUCGCAAGGUUCCUGUGCUGAAACCAUGCAAGGGAAGUGUCUCCUUUCAGGAUACGAACACUCCCCCUGGUUUGCGUUCGUCUAUACGAAAUGGCGGCCACCAAGGGGAGCACCCAUUAAUUACUUCCCUUGCAGUUUCGCACUUAUGUUGCAAGCGCGAACAUUCUAAUUAAUUGGUGUAAGUGUUCUAAUGGGGCACUGGGGUCGUCCCUAUUCGGGAGACGAAUAGAUUCUGUUCAUAUGUCUGCUCCCGAAAGGGGAAUGUAGUACAGCACACAAAAAUCAAUGGGAAACCAAGGUGAAAACACACAAGACUAAGGGGAAAACAUACAAAUAAGUGGUUCUGCCACCUAUCCUAUUUCAUUACCCCUAUUUAUACCUUUUGUGUCACUAUACCCCACUCCCUCUAGCAUGUAAUCUCAUUGAGCAGGGCCCACAACCCCUCUGUUCCUGUGCGUCCAUUUGUCUGAUUACAAUUACGUGUCUGUUAGUCCACCCAUUGUACAGCGCUACGGAAUUUGCUGGCGCUAUAUAAAUUAUAUAAUAAUAGUAAAAAAAGACGUCCACCAAUGUCCUCCUGCAAUGCGGCAGGACGUCCAGUGUAUUUUUCAAGGAGUUAAACUCUGUGAAACUGCAGAAAGCACCUCUAGUGAAUGUCUUGGCACUGCAAUGUAAAAAUGGGGGGCAGGAAUACUGCACCCAGACCACUUCAAUGGGAUGAAGUGGUCUGAGUGCCUAAAGUGUCAGUGAAGCCAGCACUAUUUUAAAUAAAGGUGACUAAUGAUAAAGGUGGGCUUUUAUUUUAUUUUUUUUUAUUUUUUUUUGGGGGGGGGGGGCGGUUUAGCUAAUUUUAACAUCAAAAUGUUAGUGUUUAAAUUCAAAUACAUAUAUUUAUUAUUGUUCUUUUAAUCACUUCAACCUCAAAUGGUGAAAGUGACCAAAGCUAAGCAUCUUUAGGUAUUCACCCCCAAAAAAACUUUUAUCCAACUUGGGAAAAUUUGGUGGGAUUCCCCUCCUACAAGGACCCUGCUCGAAAAGGUCAACGUGUGAAUGUUUCUCUCCCGUCCCAUGUCUGUCCAUUUCCUGGAAAAUGCUGUACUUUUUUUAUGGGACUUUUAUCAAGUUGUGUAGUUUUCUUAACUGUAAGCCACAGUUGCUCUCUGAAUAUCUCAUCUUGGGUAAAACUCAAUGCCAAAUUAGGUUCUUUCAAGUUCCUCCAAGACGUCUCUGAAGGUAACUUGGGAUAAUUUUUGGAAACCUACUUACACAAAUUCUCAAAUGUACUCAAUUGUUGUGUUUUGUGUUGUUUUUUUGUUAGCAGAACAGGAACUAUAUUUCAGCCGUACCCAAGAGGCACCCUUCACUUUAUAAAUUUGGCCCAAACAUAGACUUGAAUAUGAGAUGUUCAAUGGCUAAAUCUCAUACAUGAAUUUACGCUAAACCGGGAAUUGGCAAAUUAAUUGCACGUUUUAAAUUACAAUUGCAGAACUGUAAAAAUUCUUCACGGUGCCUGGUAGAAGCGUCACUGUCAACUUCAGGGCUCAUCAACGGCUCCUCGUGCUUCCUCCUCCAUGAGCCCACGUCACUGUACAACACUACCCUGCCUCUCACAGCUGUCGUGAUGGAAGUUGACAAAUUGUGAUGGCAAAAGCACUGUUGAUCAAGCAUUAUCAACGUAGUGACCAUAAGACAAAGUGGUCUCUACUUUGUCAUAUGAUCUUUUUUGAUUGCAUUCAAAUUUCAGUGAAAUUUCAACACAGUCAAUAUGAAAAAAAAUUUAAGAUUUUAAAGCGAUAUGACUGGAACUGCUUUAAGGGCACUUGAGUUUUAUGUUUAUCUUCUAAACUUUAAUGCGUCAUUCACUAAAGCUUGAGCUCUAAGAAAUUGAGUGCAAUUUAAGGCCACAUUAGUCACAAUCAUGUGGCAUUUAUUCAAUAAACUGAAAAUUGGUGUAAAAUUAACAAGUGUUGGUGAUUUUUGGGCCAAGUUGGAUAAAUAGCGGAGUUGUAAUUUAAAAAAAAAAAAAAAGUUGAAAUACCAACACAAUCAACGUGAGUCUUUCAUAACGAGUUUAUUAUAAUAAAUCGGGGGUGACUGAAAUUUCAACAAUUCCAAUGUUGGUAAACGGAGACCAUACCGUAUUAACCUCCUGCCAUAGAGCUAUUCUUUGACAACUAUUUUUACCUUCCUACCAGCUAAGACUAAUAAUAUAUUUUUUAACCAGUGUAAUAUAUUUUUUUUUCCAUGGGAUUUUUUCAUUUUUUUUUUUUGUCUGCAUUCACAGAUUUUUUUUUGUGUUUUUUUUUUUAAUAUUAUUAUUUUCUUGUUUUAUUUUUGUUUUUGUGAAAUUUGUGCAUUUUUUUUCUAUUUUAAUUUUUUUACUUGUGUAGAGCAGACUUCCAAAACUGUACAGUGGUGGUGGAACCAAAGACGGAUGUGAUGGAUUGGAUGUGACAAUUCCUGUUGUUCGUUUUUUUUUGUUUUUUUUUUAUCUGGCAGUCCUAGGGCAGGCAUUACACAGCACUGAGGAUUGAAUUGCUGCCCAGAAAAGAUUCUGAUCUCUGUAGUCAGCACUUAACCAGAUAAGGAAAAACUAGCAAAUAAAACUGCAGUAAAGCAGGCCACUUGGAACAUAACUGUAAAAUCAGAUUGUGUGUGUGCAGCUAUACGUGUGUCGGAAUCUUAACCUUUCCUGUACUCUCAAUGUAUAAUUAACUGAACUUUUACAUGAGAUGAGAUCGGACUUUGGUUCUGGUUUUACAUGAAGGUGUUUUUGUGAUUAUAUAUUUAAAGGGGAAAUAUGGGCUGUAUUAUAAUUAUGGUGCGGUUGCGUAUAUUGUAAGAAUCCGGCUCUUGCUAUAUCUUUACACAAUGUUACACUGCUAGCAAUCUAUAGACUUCCUCCAUUGUAUUUGAGUCAGUGGGUUGUAGCCAUCUGCCUGUCUUAAAGUGACAGAUUCUCAUUUCAUCACCCAUUUUGUAUUGAAGCAUCUACUGCGAUGAAUAGUAUAGCAGAGGUAAGUUUAAAAAAAAUAAAAAAAAAAAACACAAAAAAUACAUUUAACUCUGCUUCAUGUGUCCAGGGAAACAUGCUGACCCUGUGAUGCUACAAGCAUGUUAAUGCAUGCUUUGCCAUCAUAGGUGUCCAUUCUAUAUUGCUUGCGGCCCCUGCGGGUAUAGCACUGCAGGAGUUAAACUAAUUUACAAAGCAAAGUUUAGCUUAAAACAAGUUAUCAGGUUGUGCAAAUAGCUCUCAAUUUCGCUUUAAUAUGCAGCGAUGAAAUGAGUCUCUUUAUAAACUUUAUGUGCGCUGUGUGCUCACAUGCCAGAGGAUACUUUAAAAAAUAAAAAAAACAUGGCUAGCUUGUACUAGAUUUCCCCCAAAAACCAUCAAAAAAUCCAUAACCCCUUAACAUACUACAUCGCUGUGCAUGCUGUGUAGUUUUUAAAUGAUACUACAAAGGAAUAUGACGUUUUUCCCCACUCCUCGCCGAUCAGUUACUCUGUGUAGGUUACAAGAUUGGAGCUCUUGGUGUCCCUGAUUGAAAACUUUGUUACUAACUUGUCAAUUCCCCUGAGUACACAAUAAUUUGUUAUCUUGGGCUGUGGUUUGAAUUUAUAACCUUUUUAGGAACUCCAGCCAGGGGUGGCGAAACUGUUUAAAAACACAAAAACCACAAACCAUCAUGUGUAAAAACUUGCUUUCAACGCAUUUCUCUUUUUUAUUUUUUAGGAUGCACUGUAGAAAAGUUUAAGGAGAUCAUUACUACCAAUCCCGUGUUAUGUCUCUCUUUUGGACUGUUGACUUGUAAAUUAAGUAGAUUGCAAUGCUCCCAGCACAUGUCCAACAAUUCCUUGUUGCAGUGUUUCAAUGAUUUUAACAUUGACAGCCGAACUGAAGAAUUCCUUCAACGCCACUAUUUUGCCAUAAACUGUGCAAAUUUGUUUGUGUUGAUCAAAUUGCUUCCCUGCAGCACACCAUUUCUCAAAUAAACAUGGUUAGUAGUGCGUAACAAUCACCAGUAUUUUUAGCAUUUCCAUGUUUCUUGAGUAAAGAAUAGGUUUUUAUUGAUUUUAUAACUGAUUUUCUUUGAAGUACCCACUGACUUCACAACAUGUUAUCAUACUCUCCUGUACUGCCCUGCAACUUACUUUCUUCAGACCCUCCUUUUGCAGUUUGAAGACCAGACUCUUGGGGAACAAAAUGUAAGGAAUAUAUAGCGUUAAAAUUUAAGAGUGUAUUCCUAACGCUAUAGUGUUCCUCAAGAAUAAAGCUAUUGUCUGCCUCCUCAACUGGGUGUUGAAACAGUAAAAAAAAAAAAAAUUUGAACACUUACUUCUUUAGAGCACCUAGUUUUUUUUUAUUUUUAUUUUUCACGCGCUUAUCGAUCACAAUUCUGACUGUCAUGAAGAACUAAAAACGAUAAUAAUCAAAGCCGUGGUUACUGAAACAGGUGUCUAUAAACUUACCGCUGUCUUCAAAAAAUACUCAAAGUAAUUCUAAUUGCUUUUGUAUAACAAGGAUGUAAGGGAAUGAUGGAUAACUUUUGCAUUAUAGGUAUUUGUGUGAUCUACAUUUUUUUAAUGAUAAUUUGACAACCAAGGUUUCUAAUUCACGUACAUAUCUUUCUUAAUUAUUUGUCAUUCUCAAAUAUGGUAGGGGGUGUGGAGCAUUGCAAUGGAAACUACAGGAAUGAUUUAAUGGUGUUCUGUAGAACGUUGCACCACUUUCUGCUUGUGUGUUAGUGUCACUUUCAUUAUCUCCCACACUGUCUUUUUCAAACUGUCUUAUUGUGUGGAACAGUAUUUGAUUGUAUAGUUGUGUUUUAACAAAAAUAACUAAAUAGCUUAAAAGGACACUAUAAACACCCAGACCACUUAAGCUCAUUGAAAUGGUCUGGGUGCUGCUUCCCUGUCCCCCUAAGUCAUGCAAUGUGAAUCAUUGCAGUUUUUAAGAAACUGCAAUGUUUAUUUACAUCGCAGCAAUAAGACAGUCGCUAGGGGCGGUCUACCAGACAGCCACUAGAGGCGCUUCUGGGCGUUUAACGGACUCUAGGUUGCCUACUUGAUGCUAGAUGUUCUCACGAUCUGAAGCAGUGCUUUCCUAUGGUGAGGGCCUAAAGUGAUCGCUGCACAUGUCCCCCCGUUGGAUUGCGUCGGAGGAGAGAGAGUGAGUAAAUGUUUUUGUUUUUUUUGUUUUUUAACCCUUUUAUGUGCCGUGGUGGUUGCUGCGAGGAAGAGGGUGACCAGAUUUGUAUUCCUAAGACUAAAAUCCCUUUAAAUUCCUUUACAAUGCUAUGUGAUUUAUUUAUUUUUUAAUGUAUUUUUAUAACCGUCUUAAAUAAAAUGUCCAAAAUAUGUUUGAUAGGGGAAUUUGGUGGUGCAAGACUUUGAAAGAGGAAGGGGAAAGAGAAUAUUGGCUUCCCCAAUUCUGCUGCAAAUAAUAUGUGUACAGAAGAUCCACAUGGGAACUGUGAAACAAGUAAUUCUGAAAGGGACCCUCCAGGGUUUACACGAACAUAUUACACACUCUUAUUCAAUGACCAAUUUAUUAGGGACUCUUGUAGAGUAGGCUAGGGUAGUGGUUUUCAACCAAUGUGUUUGUGGCUUUAGGUAUCUAAAUGGUUAAAUGUGGUCCUCAAUGGGACACUAUAAUCAACAGUUGAAUGUAGUAGUUCUGGCGAGUAUAGCCAGUCCCUGCAGGGUUUUACAUUACAGCCUAGUGACACCUUUGGUGAAUUGAUUCAAUGCAUCUCUGAGGAGAAGUUGACUGGCGCAACAUAGUGUUUUGGCGCACAUGCGCAAUAGUCUCCCAAUUAUUUCCUGUGGUGAAACAUUGGAUUGGCUGAGAUCGUCAAGAUUGAUCUCAGCCAUGGAGGUGGGGCCAGCCGAUGUGUCACCAGCACGGCGUGGAAAAAAGGGGAGUAAACACCUUUCCCAUUUGAUUGGAGGGCGGCAGGUCACCUAAACAUUCACACAGACAUACACUCACUGACCGUGAGACUCACUGAUGCACAUACUCACUGACAGACACACACACUCUCACUGACUGACAGACACACACACUGCUCCAUCGGCUCUCAAUGAGCCAGCCACCUCGGGGACUGAACUGGGUGGCCUGGGAUUUGUCGAAUCCCUGCCUUAAUUGCAUGUUUUUUGCUCAGUAAUUGUAUAUUUUAAAUGAUUUUUUUUUUUUUUUUAAAUGAGUUUUCCUUUUAGCGUGAAUACAUUCAUUUUCUUAGCUGGCUAUUGGGAAGUGAAAUAAAAUGUGUAAACAGCAUUGAAAUGCAGCGGCUGAGGAUUAUAAAAAAAUAAAAAUGAAAAAUCCGUUCAUUUAAAAAAAGAAAGUGUCUUUUAAAGCCUUGUAGUUUUUUUUUUUUUUUUUGCACAUUUAUUAUUUUCUGCUGUCUAAUUUUGUUAUUUCAUCGAAAAGAAGUGAGAGCCAAAUGCCAAGAGUUCAAAUGACAGAACAAUGGGGAGACUGAAUAAUAUUUAAACGCAAAAUAACUUCACAUGCUGAAAUGGAGCAGUUAAUCCUAAAAAGCUAAAUCUCCCUGGAGUUUAGCCAGGCUAACCUUCAGAUUUUGAAGGUCAUUAUAUCUUCGUGACCUGCACUAUUCUGGAAUCUAUUUUUCCAGGCAUAAUUUGAACUGUCACCCAAACAAAAAAAAAUUUUUUUUCCCUCCUGAUUUAAAAAAUUCAAUUAAAUAAAAUGAAGAAAAAAUAUAUAUAUAUAUAAUGUUCGAGCAUCUAUCCCAAGAUGCUUUUAGAGACAAAUCUUCAUGGAAAAAAUAUUUUGCACAAUUUCAGUGACAUUCAAGAGCUAUCAAUUUAUAUCAUGAGACUACUUUGUCUACUAGGCAAAGCUGUGGUUGACAAAAGUCGGAGCUUCUGCUGUGAACUUUAGUUAUUUCCGAGCAGUCGUUGCUACUGCGGCUCUGGGAAAAGACAUUUUCUUGGAGUUCUAUGGAGGAUCCCCAGGGUCUAAAAAUAAAGAGGUCUUCUGGAAGAAGAAGCCAAAAAUGGGCUCCAUAAGGAAGAUGGUGGCCCAACGAGGGAAUGUUUCAGGUAAGUACAUAUCCAUUAGCCUUUCUCACCAGUUGCCAUAUAUUACGCAGGCAUUUCAUCUUUGAGAGUCUUUGCGAAAUAUGCUAGGACCCUGAAAAUGAAAAGGCUGUUAUGAAAGGAUUUUCUGUUUUGGGUUAUUUACUAAAUAGGGAACCUUGGAGAAUUGACAAGGAAAUGCCAAAAUAGCGGACUUAUUUUCAAAUUUUGACUAUUUUGGCCUAAAUUUUAAAUUUCUUGUCAAAUCUCCACAGCCUAGUGAAUAACACCAGUGUGUAUAUCUUUCUUUGAAUGUGCAAGCCUUGGCAUACCAGCUCUUUUGGAGUGUUUUUCCACAGUCAGAGUCUGUCCAUGUAAAUAUUAACAAGAACCAACAGGCAUCUUAGAAUGAGUGAAUCAUCUUAUUAUUCAGUUAUUUGAUCAACAGUUAAAAGUGCUGAUCCACCCAAAGAAAGCAUAAAAUCCUGCAUUCUAGAACAGGAUUAGACCUUUAGCGUUCCAGGUCCCAUGAACUAAAUCUCCCUUCUGGUUGGCACAGUUUUAAUGUGAGAUGUAGUCCAUAGCAUAUAAAUAUUGUCUUGCUCUGCUCUAGGCUACUAAGCACACAAAAAAAUAAUUUGAUGUUUUCUCGGGUGUUGUAAACCCUUGAAAACAACACCCAUUUAAUUGUUAAUAUCUGCUGCUAUGGUAAAAAACGGUCACCAUGUUGCAGUUUAGUCUGUGUUAAAUGGCUGUAGGCUAGAAUUUGUCUGCCCUAGCAAAAAUGUGAAUGUAAUUAAAAUGUUCUUCCUUGGAUGGUGACAGCCCAAGCGUCCUAAAUUGUGGAGUAAAGUUCCUUUCAAAAAGAGGUGGUAGAAUCAGACUUAAAUAUGCUCCACACUCUCUAGUUCCUUCUGUACACUACUCCAUUCCUAUUUUGUCUUCCAGGAGAAAGGUGGAUUUGCUGAAGCUCUGACCUUUGGACCUGUGAAUCUUGGGUUUGGUUUCUUUGGGUUACCAGCUGGGCUUUCAACUCCACCCUCCAAGGGACUGGUUCAUGAUGUUCACUGUCUUCUCAAGGCUCUGGCCUUUCUUGCCAUGUGGCUGACUUAGAAAGUUCCUAAAUUUGGUUUGGAACCUGUUUAAGAAGGAGUUUUAACCUGAAAGUGAUCCCAAUGUUUCCAGACAACAUGGCCACUCUGCCUCAGUUCCUGGAUCCAACUUCUACACCAGUGGUAGACUUAGUGUCAGCUUACUCUGUCAGACUAUCACUGGUCUUCCAUUAGAAACAUAUGUAAAUACUAAUGCAUUUUACACAGACAAAUAGGCUCCCAGCUGGCUAUUGGUAAUGGGAUUUACCACAACAGCCCUGUUUAUUCUAUUUUUUCCAUUUGCUUAACUGUUUCUAUAGUUUGUGUAAUUAAAUCUCAUUAAACUUGAUUAGAUAAAAACCUAUUGAACAUGUUUAUGAGAAACAUAAACCAGUGUUGCUAUAUUAGACAAUAAGAAUAAGUAAAUUAAAAAGCUUAAACUAGUUCCGAAAGAUGCCACAUAUACUGCAACUAACACUUUCAAACAGACUCUGAGAAACAACCCACUUUGUAAGGGAUAUUGACGGGAAGCUUGUCUGGGGAUGUUAUUUUAAAGGACUACUCCAGGUCCCGUAGCAAUGCCUAUGAAGUCAUUUAUAAGGUCCUGGAGAUCCUAGGAUCUGUCUCAAAAACGGUUUAACCUCAAAGUUGUGUUCCCAGCCCCUGUCAACUCGACCCCUCUGUUUUCUUGUCCAUCGUUGGCUCGGAAGCUUUUACCUUGGGCACUUGGAACAUUGUCAGUCUAUCGCUGGCCACUCAUUGAGAGAAAUGCUUUAGACAUGCACAUAAUUUUGAGACAGUCUUAAAUGGACACUUUGCACCGUAACCACUACAGGGUAUUGUAGGAUUUGUUCUAGGGUGUAGCAUUCUACAUAUGUGAAAAUAUGUGCACUUGCAGAUUGUUACCACCUAAAUUUGGACCUAUUUGUAUCAUACCUCCCAACAACGGCCUUCUCAGAAUUGGGACCCCGAUGGGAGGGGAGUCGUCUCAUCAGCGGUGCUAUCUUAUCACUGACUCUGCCCAAAAUGGGCAGGACCACCCAGAAAUGGGGACGUGUCUGCCCAUAUUACUGGCAGGUCAGCCUGGUGUGAAUAUACACCAGGUUAUCUGCCCAUCAUGCAGACCGCCCACAGUGUGCUGACCCUGCAGGGUUUUAGUGCCCUAAACACAGUGCAAGCGCAUCUAAUGAUGUGCUCACGCUGUAAUUAUUGGAGAUUACUUCAGCUGAAAUUAAGAUGGUUGUGAGACAUGUUGUAUGGGUAAUGCAGAAGUGAAUCUUCUGUAUUUUAUUGGCAGCAUUAGAGGGAGUGUUCUUUGGGUGCCAGGAAAACCCUGUUUGUUUGUUUUUUGACAAACCACUCAAACAGGGCAGAUUCUCAACACCAUAGCCAUUGCAAUCUACUGUAGUGGUUAUGGUACUUAGUAUACCUUUAAGGUUAAGUCUUGAUGUUGAAAGUCCUUCAACCAAGACUCCUACGUGACGGUGUUCACGUUGUAAAACAUUAUCACUGGGACUACUAAAUUAUCUAGUCACGAAGGUUAUUUUAGGUCACCGUGGAAUUUUUUUUUUUUUUUCACGCAGUAUUGUCAUAUUUGCGUUCUCUCGUUCAUCGCACAUCGAUAAAGAGAAAGGAGCUGGAUUAAUGGCAGUACCAGCCUGCAAAUAGCCGCUGUAGCCCUGUGGUGCUGUUGAUGCUAAUCUUGGGCAGACCAGGAAAUAUAUGUACCAGUGCUGUCAUAAAAUUAGGCUUCACGCACUGUACCAUGUCAAUCACCCUGCGUUGUGGGUUUAUAAUGUACAGUGCGAUGUAACUCACCAUGUAGUACAGCACUUGAAAACAUGCUCUGUCUUUUUAAAGAACAGUCAGGUCGUGCUAUUAAAAUAUAUAGUAGCUGCUCUGUUUGAUUAAAUUUGCCAAGUUCCAGUUAACCUGUAAUAGUUUUUGUUGAUAAUUUUUCCACAUGUUUUUAUAAAGCUGAUUUUGUUUUAAGUGCAGAAUUGUGUUACAUUUAGAACCCAGAUUUCUCGACCGUUAUGCACACUUGUAAGGACCUAGAGACCUUGGAUGUUUAUGAAUUAUUGCUGAUAGCUAUCAAAAUCAAUACUUUUUUUUAUUUUUUCCUUUUUUUUUUUCUCAAAGAGACACUCUUGGCAUCUUUAAUGCAUGUUGAUGUGUAUGGUGAAACCCGCUUACUUUGCUUAAAAUGCGCAGCGGAUGUAGUAAUAGAUAAUUCAUAUAGGUGGUAAAAAAAAAAAAAAAGCAGAUUUUAGUUUCUUCUUCAACUUCUAUUUUAAACAUAACAAACAAAAAUAAACAUAAUUAUAUUAUUUUUAUUUAUUUUAUUUUUUACAGAUUUUAUUGACCAUUUCAGCGGUACAGUACUUGGCAUCAGUCAGUACAGGGUGAAGAGGCUCUUGGACGUGUAAUAUGUAGUCAAAGUAACUUCAUUUAUAAUACAAAAAUAAGCAAGUGAGACAGAAAAACAAUAAGAAAAACACUGGAUAGAAAUGGCAAUGUUUCACAUUUGAAAACAAACUCAAAUGUAUUCAAAUGUUACAAAGCCUUACUCGUAGUGUCAGGUACAUAUUACCAGGGAUGUUAAAGGGAUUCUCCAGUGCCAGGAAAACAUUUGUUUUCCUGGCACUGCAGGUUCCCGCAGUGCCCCUCUCCCUCCCACCCCCCCCCCAUCCCAAGUUGCUGAAGGGGUUAAAACCCUUCCAGUGACUUACCGGAGUCCAGCGCCGAUGUCCCUCGGCGCUGGGUCAGGCUCCUACUCUCCUGUCAACGUCAGCCGGCAGGGGAGACCUAAUGCUCAUGCGCAACACUAGAGGAGGACUUAACCCUGCAAUGUAAAUAUUGCAGUUUAUGAAAACUGCAAUAAUUACACUUGCAGGGUUAAGGGUAGUGGGAAUUGGCACUCAGACCACUCCAAUGGGCAGAAGUGGUCUGGGUGCCUGGAGUAUACCUUUAACUACGAUCGAGCAGGGAUGCCCAAAGUGGGUCCUGGUAUUGUGCCAGAGGUAUAUGUGUAGGGCAUAUUAUGGUGCUUAGUGGUAUUAAUGGCCCAUGGAUGCCAAAUGUUUGAAAAUGUGGAGUGAGGGUUUAGGGAGAGAGUGGUUAGCUCCUCCAAAGUUUUGAUAUCCUCAACUUUGUUUCUCCAUUCUGUUAUGGAGGGUACUUGGGGUGAUCUCUAAUGAAGGGGUAUGACGGAUUUAGCUGCAAGCAGUAAGAAUGAUAGGCAAGAUUAACAUUGUUUGGCAAGAGGGGGUUUUCGUAUGGAGGAGAAGUAUCUCUGCAGGGCAAAAUAUUAUUAGUACAUGUACAGUACUGGGAACUAUCCACAUAAUCCAGGUGUCCCUUUAAGGUGUGGGAAGUCUUCUACUUCAUCAGCUUGUUUUUAGGACAUAUAUGGUACAUUGUAGCCAAACUUGGGGACUUUGCUAUAUUGGUUAGCUGGAAAAUGCAUCCUUCCUGCUCCCUCUAGUAAUGACAUCAUUGUAUGGGGCUGGGGAACAUGAUUGGAGAAGAUGGGGUACCCAGGCAUGAUUACAGUGGCCUAGUAUUUCUGCAAGUUCUAAAUAUUGAGUAUAGUUCAUUCAAGUGGCCACCUACAGCCCAUGAACCGAAGAUUCAUAUCAUGUAAUGUUUUGACGUUCACCAGAAGUUUAUAUACAAGUUCACGGCAGCUCAAACACAAAGGGAAAGUGUUGCACAGAAAGUCACAUUCGCCACAAAACUCGAACACACACAGUCUUGUACUUUAUCUCUUACUGCGCUAUUUCCACACCUGGGUUUUAAAAACCAAGAAAGCAUGAGCGUAAACAAACUGAGGAUUUAGCUAUUACAAUUAUUAUUUUUUUUAAAUGUAUUUACGAUCUCUAUUCUGUUUGCAUUUAUUUGGAAAUGUAGCAUUUUGUCUGGAAUAUUGAUUAUUAUUUCGUAGAGCUUCCUAUCAUAAUGGAGGAUUUGUAGAACAGUAUUGUGCCGUUAAGCUGCCAGUGAUGUGCAUAUUGUGGUGUACAGGGUAAAGUUCAUUUUUCUAUUUAUUUUUUCUUACACGGCAGAUGCGAGAUACGUUAUCAUAUGGAGGAGGCUGAAUCCAUGGCCAAUGUGUGCAUUUCUUAGAAAAUCACUUCAUAAUAAACACUGGAUCGGGUUUCAUGAAGUUUUAUGCGUUUGUUAUUAACUCCUUUGUUUUACAACAUUUAGUUCUUAUUUUGACGUUAACUUAAGUUAUACGUUUUGAACCAGGAUCAGCAUUUAGUCAUAUCUACUGUCUGCCUCUCUUUUAUACUUUUAUCGUGGUUGUCUAUUUUAAUGCAGACCAAUAAGGUGCAACUUGUCCUCAACAUGUGUUUUGACUACAGCGCUAACUUCUAUUUCUAGCCCAGCUACCCCGAAGAUGUGCAAAUUGCUGACGGUGUUCUAGGAUCAUUCAUAUUCUGUGGAGCAGCGGUACCCAAAAGGUAGAUUUCCCAGAUGUAUUUAAAACUACAGCAUCCAUGAUGUUUUGUCAUUUUAAAGCAGGUGGUUUCCAGUCCUCAAGGCACGCCUACUAGUCUCGAUGUAAGGAUUACCAAGUUGUCACUGUAUUUUCUAUAAACAACAACAACAAAAAACACCUUGACACAACUGGGUAAUACCUAAAUCCUGACCUGGUAGGCGUGCGUGGAAGACUGGUUUAGAAAUAACUGCUCUUAUUCAUUCUAAAGGCGUGCAAAGCAUCAUGGGAGUUGUGGUUCUACAGCAACUGGGAAACUACCUUUUGGGCAUCACUUCUUUAGAGAAUGUCGUGUUGUAGAGAACUGGAAGUGUCUUGUCGUAGGGAGCAGGGAUUUCACCGGAGCCGACAAAACACUUUUAGUGCAUGAUUGUUUUCUCUGUAACGGGUAGAAUCACAGUCUUAAAUACCGUUUUAGAUGUGUAAUUUGAACAAAAACUAGCUUGACUUGCCCAAAGAUGUCAUUUUUUUUGUCCAUUUAUGCAGAAAGUAUGGCUGUCCUUUCGCACUCUGGUUGAUGCAAACUAUAGAUUCUUGAUUUCAUAAAUCCUGAAGAGUCAGAUGUGAUGUUGUCUACCUUUUGACCAUCCUAGGUAUAGAAUGUUUAGAAUUCAUGCUUUGCAUUCUAGAUAAUGUUGUCGCAUCCUACCAAAGGACAAUCCGAGCAGGUUGGGAGGCAAUAUAUGUAGCUCCCAUACUUCUCUUGCCAUCAGGAUAGAAUCAGUAACAGAAAAAUAGAACCCUGAUCUCGAAUUCCAACAUUCUUUUAGAGUAGGCUUCUAUUUUGCAUUUCUAACUGAAACUGUCUUGUUCUGGAAUACUGUAGCAGUCAGACCAAUAUAUCCGGCUGUACUGGGACUAAACACCUCCGAGUUUACUAAUGAAAGACGUCAUAUUGCUGGAUGGAGGUCAUUUAUUCAAGGCUCAUAGUUGCAGGGUCAAAACAGACUUUUAUCCUUCCAAAGUCAAUAUAUAGAUGACUCGUGAGCUAGAUAAUGGGUAACAUAAAUUAAUUAGCCACCAUUUAUGUUAGAGAGCUAAAGCUAAACUCCUAGAAUCCCCCUGGCAAAAAUAGUUAUAUAAAUAGCUUUAUUAGUGAUAUUAUUGAUGAAUCUUGCCCAAAUUAUGUAUUAUAUUAGAAGCCUGUAAAAAACUAUGCCUUAAUGUAACUAUGUAACUUAAUAUAACUUUCCAAAAUAUGAAUUAUACACAGAGCGUGUAUCCUGUAAAUUAUUGCAAUCGUAAGGUCACAAUAAGUAUAUUAUUCAAAUCAAUAUUGAUCCCUUAUGAGCCCUUUGUCCAUUUCAUUUUAGGAAAAGAAAAUGCUAAUCUCUCAGCCUUCAAGAGGACCAAGUGCCUUUAUACCAGAAAAAGAGGUAAAUAUGUAAUACUAGUUAAUAAAAGAAAUUAAAUGACUAGUUCUUCUUUCUAGGUUUUAAAUAUUUAAAUUUCUUAGCACUAUAUUGUUAUAAUUAUAUAAAAUAAAUAUAAAUGUUAAAAACAAUAACCAUUGGAGUAUUGUGUUUCUAUGUUAGUGAGUUAUUGUAAAAUUAUUAUUAUUAAUUAGCCAUUGUAAUAAAAAAAUAAAUAAAGUUUUGGUUUUCUUGAUGCAAAAUAUUUUUUUUCUCUUUUCAGUGUAUUACAGUUACUAUAACAAAAAAGAGUUUAUUUUCUGCUUGAAACCUGAAUACUUCCAUCUGAAAACAAUUUCAAGAUUAAUGUUGCCAAAGAUUUAAAUAUAUAAAUUUAUAUGGUUUUAAUAUAAAAAUGUGCCUAUAUAACUAUAGGGAGCGCCUGCCCCUCCCCCCACCCCCAUAUUGAUAAGUUUAAAGACUUUUAAAAAAUAACACUGUUUUUGUUAAGUUGGUAAAUAAAGAAAUUUAUGAUAAACCUCAUGUAGGAGAAAAAGGCAACUGAAUUAGAACAAAUUUAAAAUAAAUGUUUUCAUUAAAAAAAUUAUACUUUUUUUAAUCUUGAUCAGAUGUAAUAUAGUUAAUAAUAAUACUUGCACACCAAACAAUUUCAAGGUAAAGUAGAAUAAUUUUAUUGCAUCAAUCACCCAGGGGUGGUCUUACAAAAUGCUACAAAAAAGUUUUGUUUACAGCCAUUUAAGAGAACUAUUAAAAGUUUGUGAUAGUAAAUUAAUUUCUCAUUGUGUGUCCUUAAUUAAUAUAUAUUUAUUGAAAUAUAUAAAAUGCAUACUUGAAUAUUUUUUUUUGUUUUAUAAAUACCUCCUGUUUUGACAUACUGUAUGUAUGCUAAAUCAGCUUCUCCUUGUUUUUCUCUACAUGUUAUCCAAAAUCCCAUAGAAAUUUAUUUUGCAUACUUGAAAACUAUAUAUUUAAAUGCCAGCUAUUAAUUUUUUUUAAGCAAUCUGUUGUUAUGUUUAACAAGAUAAGGCACGCUCUGCAAAAUGUUACCACCCAUUUUAAAUGCUUUAUGCAGAUAAUAUAGAGAGUAAUUAAACAAUAAAAUGAGGAAUAGUAAAUAUUUGUACACAUUUUCUAGUUUGUGUUUAGCUGAUAAUGAUUUUCGGAGUUAGUUAAUAUUCUCUCAAGUAUCCCUUUAAGUUCAUUCGUAUGAAGUUAUAAUAUGCAGAUAAACAGGCUUCGGGGGGGAGUAGGGGGAGAGGAUAGUUUUCAAUGCCGUUGCUUCCAUGCAUUAAUCCCGUCCACAUCCCCUAUAUAUAAUAGCAGUUGUUGUUGGGGGAUUCUAUCAUAAGAGGUGUGGAGAUGGACAAUGGUGGUCUUGUGAGAAGUCUUCCCGGAGCUACUGCUUACAGAGACAGGAGACGUAUUUGUAAUAUUGUUAAGCGAGCAAAGCAGGAAGGGGAAUUGGAUGUACUUGUCCAUCUAGGGACAAAUGACUUGGCUUGCAAUAAGGUUUCAGAGGUAAAGGAUGUUUUUUGUGUUUUUGCCAAUAAUAUACGGCAGGUUGUGUCCGCACUGUCAUUCUCUGAAGUUCUGCAUAACACUCAGAACGACCGGCGGAUGCGUAUUAGGGACUUUAACUUGUGGCUUGGUGAAUGGUGUCGGGAGCAAGGAUUUGGCUUAAUUUCCCAUGGUAGCUCUGUUUGGAAUGGAAAUAAACUGUACAAAAAACUUUCUCAAAAGGGAGCACAUGUUCUCAGUAAGCAGUUUAGAGGUUUUGCUAGGAUGCAUUUAAACUAGGAGGAUAUGGGGGAGGGGAGUGCAAAAUGAUGAUAAAACAUCAAUCCAGUUGCAAAACAAGGACUGAAGGUGCCUGUAGCAAGUGUGUUAAAAAAUGCUAAGCUUAGAGUUAUGUCUACAAAUGCUCACAGUUUAGGGAAUAAGAUCUAUGAACUUGUGGCAAUAAUGGCAACUGAUAGUGUAGAUUUAGUCGCUGUUACUAAGACCUGGUAUAAUGAGAAAAUUGACUGUGACAUAGCAAUACCAGGGUACUCUUUAUAUAGAAAAGACAGGGAAGGCAAGAACGGGGGAGGGGUGGCCCUGUAUGUGAAGGAUAGCAUAAAAUCUAGUAUAAAAGUUAGUGAGACGAAGAUAGUCUGUUUGGUUUAGAAUUAGGAAAUCACACAGUAACUCGUGUAGGUGUGAUUUAUAGGCCCCCAGGACAAACUGAAGAGUUAGAUAAUCUACUAGUUGAGGAAAUAGCCAAAAUCAUAAUGAAGGGGGAAGUUAUCAUUAUGGGUGAUUUUAAUCUUCCUGAUGUGAAUUGGAAAACCAAAAUAGCUGCUUCUGCCAGGAGCACACAUAUUCUAAACUCCCUACUGAGAUUAUCUCUAAAACAAAUCGUUAAGGAGCCAACUCGUAAAGAGGCCUUACUAGAUGUAAUGUUAACAAAUGGAGAUUACUGAUAUUACUGUAGGUGAAAGUUUAGGAUCCAGUGAUCAUCAGUCAGUGUGGUUUAAUAUAAGAACAGUGACUGAGUCACACCACACAAAAACAAAAGUUUUAGACUUUAGAAAAACAAACUUUUCUAAAAUUAGAAUAUGUGUAGAGGAGUCAUUAUCAGACUGAAGCAAUUUAAAUGGAGUCCAAGAGAAACUGGAUUAUUUAAAAGUUGCACUGCUGAAGGCAACAGAAAAUUGCAUUAGGCUUGUCGGUAAAAACAAAAAAUGUCAGAAACUACAGUGGCACUCUGCAGAUGUGGCCAAAAUAGUACAAAAUAAAAAGUUAGCAUUUAGUAAUUCCCAGAGUGGGAAGAUAGACAGAUCUAUAAGAUAAGGCAGAAAGAGGCUAAGCAAGUUAUAAGAGCUUCCAAAUCACACACAGAAGAGAACAUCGCACAUUCCGUAAAGAAAAAGGGGACAAAACAUUUUUAGAUACAUAAAUGAAAAAAGGAAAGUAAAACAAGGAUUAGUUUAGAUUAAAAAGAUUAAAAACAAAAGCAGGAAUGUAUGUAGAAGAUAAAGGUCUAGCUGACUGCCUCAAUUAAUAUUUUUGUUCAGUAUUUACAGAUGAAAAUGAAGGAAAGGGGCCUCAGUUAGGAAAAAGGACAAAUGAGUAAUUUGUUACAUGUGAGUUUACAGAGGAAGAGGUUCUAUUUCAACUGUCAAAAGUAAAGAAAAAUAAGACAAUGGGACCUGAUGGAAUACACCCAAAGUUAUUAAAAUAGAUUAGUGGUGUACUAGCAAAACCAUUAACAGAUUUAUUUAACCAAUCAUUGUUAACAGGAGUAGUCCCAGAAGAUUGGUUAGCAAAUGUUGUGCCCAUUCACAAGAAAGGUAGUAGGGAGGAGUCGGGCAACUAUAAGCCAGUAAGCCUUACUACAGUAGUGGGGAAAGUAAUGGAAAUCAUGUUAACGGAUAGGAUUGUUGAACAUCUAAAAACACAUGGAUUUAAAGAUCAGAGACAACAUGGGUUUACUUCAGGGAGAUCAUGCCAAACUAAUCUUAUUGAUUUGUUUUGAUUGGGUAACUAAAAUUAUAGAUCAGGGUGGUGCAGUAGACAUUGCUUACCUAGAUUUCAGUAAGGCAUUUGACAUUGUUGCACAUAGAAGGCUUAUCAAUAAACUGCAAUCUUAAAGUUUGGAUUCCAAUAUUGUUAAAUGGGUAAGGCAGUGGCUGUGUGGCAGGCAACAGAGGGUUGUAGUCAAUGAAGUAUAUUUGAAGCAUGGGCUUGUCACCAGUGGGGUACCUCAGGCAUCUGUACUUGGACCCAUUCUCUUUAAUAUUUUAAUUAGUGAUAUUGCAGAAGGUCUUGAUGGUAAGGUAUGUCUGUUUGCUGAUGAUACUAAGAUAUGUAACAGGGUUGAUGUUCCAGGAGGGAUAAGCCAAAUGGCAAAUGAUUUAGGUAAACUAGAAAAAUGGUCAGAAUUGUGGCAACUGACAUUUAAUGUGGAUAAGUGCAAGAUAAUGCAUCUUGGACGUAAAAACCCAAGGGCAGAGUACAGAAUAUUUGAUAGAGUCCUAACCUCAACAUAUGAGGAAAGGGAUUUAGGGGUGAUUAUUUCUGAUGACUUAAAGGUAGGCAGACAAUGUAAUAGAGCAGCAGGAAAUGCUAGCAGAAUGCUUGGUUGUAUAGGGAGAGGUAUUAGCGGUAGAAAGAGGGAAGUGCUCAUGCCAUUGUACAGAACACUGGUGAGACCUCACUUGGAGUAUUAUACACAGUACUGGAGACCGUAUCUUCAGAAGGAUAUUGAUACCUUAGAGAGGGUUCAGAGAAGGGCUACUAAACUGGUUCAUGGAUUGCAGGAUAAAAUUUACCAGGAAAGGUUAAAGGAUCUUAACAUGUAUAGCUUGGAGGAAAGACGAGACAGGGGGGAUAUGAUAGAAACAUUUAAAUAUAUAAAGGGAAUCAACACAGUAAGGAGGAGACUAUAUUUAAAAGAAGAAAAACUACCACAACAAGAGGACAUAGUCUUAAAUUAGAGGGCAAAGGUUUAAAAAUAAUAUCAGGAAGUAUUACUUUACUGAGAGGGUAGUGGAUGCAUGGAAUAGCCUUCCAGCUGAAGUGGUAGAGGUUAACACAGUAAGGGAGUUUAAGCAUGCGUGGGAUAGGCAUAAGGCUAUCCUAACUAUAAGAUAAGGCCAGGGACUAAUGAAAGUAUUUAGAAAAUUGGGCAGACUAGAUGGGCCGAAUGGUUCUUAUCUGCCGUCACAUUCUAUGUUUCUAUAUGUUCUACAAGAUGAGUACAUGUCUGUCAUUUAAAGGGAAUUUUCAGAGUCUUUUUAAUGAUCUAAAUAUCCUUGUGAACAUUUGGGGAGAUGGCUUGUCGAUUGGGAACACGUGUACCGUUAAAAUAUAGAGGUCAACUUUCUUAUGGACUGACUGAAUGUGUGUGCGUGCGUGCGCGCGUGUGCGCAUUUAGUCGGUGACGUCCAAAGGUGGAGGAGUGUCCCCAGCGCCGAGGGAGCCCAGCGCUGGAGAAAGGUGAUUGUUUAACCCCCUUCCUCCAACCCUCAGGGCACUAUAGUGCCAGAAAAACGAGUUUGUUUUCCUGGCACUAGAGUGGUCCUUUAAAACAUAUUUUUUUUUUUUUUUUUUAUUAUUAUUUUUUUUUGUAAUAAGAAUAGAGUUGUGAAUACUUUUGGACAUGUUUUCAGUAAUUUCAAGCAGCUAUAUGUUGAGGGUACACUUUCAGUCCUAAAGAUAAGCUUGUGUGUAUGUGUUUUGUUAAUAUUGCGUAACUGGAUAAUUUUUGACCUCCCCAGGUCAGCUUCUUGUUGAUCUAGUAGAAUGCAAAUAGUGUGCCUCAUCAAAUCAAGGUAUGCCUGGAAGGGAAGGUGUGUUUGUAAUGGCAAAUAGUAGUAUAGUUAAUUAAGUUCACGACCUGGCAAACCCCUAUAUUGAACUAGCACUUGGUAAUUGGAUCACCUGCUAGAUUAUUCUUUUCCAGAAUAAAUAAGAUUGCAUUUCGCGAAGCUGCAGACUGGCUCCUGAAUAGUAAUUUUAACUAUCCAUAUGGAAUUCUAUCAUGGAGAAGAGGGUUGGCACCAUUGCUGCAGCAGGGAUAUGGCGGAAGGAGUAAGGCUGUGUGCAAUCCCAUGUGCUUCUUUAAAUUGCCCAUAUCCUUACUCCUCAUUGGAGCUUGUUCUUGCUACUGGUUAUUAGGGCAUACUGUACUCAGACUUUUAAUUACUCGGCACACUAGGUAGAUGAAUGCUGGGGGCAGUGCAGCAAUACAGGUUUAGAGUGUAGUCAACAUCUCCGUUAUCUAGGGACUCUCAUCUCUCACUUUUUUAAUGGGCACUCAAAUUUUGUACGGGGUGGUAGCUCAGGAAACAUGUUUUUAAUUGCUAGAGAGUAGGGAUGCAUCAAGAUUUUCAGCCGAAAAUGUGCCUAUCCCAUUUCAGCCGAAAACGAAAUUUGCCAAAUUUUUAUAUAUAUAUAUAUAUAUAUAUAUAUAUAUAUAUAUAUAUAUAUAUAUAUAUAUAUAUAUAUAUAUAUAUAUAUAUAUAUAUAUAUAUAUUUAUAUAUUAUUUUAUUUAUUUUUUGGGCAGUUCAUAGUUUAAUAGACAUGUUUGCAUUAACAAUUCAGAUGAUCAUAUAUCACAAUGAACGAUAGUAAUGAUAACAUGAAAAGUCAAGAAUACUGCAGUUGGGACAGGGGAUGGGGGAGAACACUAUGGGACGGGAGGUGAGGGAGAAAAGAACACUAAAAAAGAGGGAGGGAAGAGGAACAUUAUGUCGGGGACCACUAAAAGAGAAGGGAGAAGGGAAGUUUUUCAUAUUAGAUUCAUUAGAAAGUCUAAUAUUAAUAACAUUUUAGGAAAAAAACUUUUUUUAAAUCAUUGGGGGUUUUCGGCCAAGGGCAUCCUGAAUUUUCGGUUUCAGCCCAGAAUUUUCAUUUCGGUGCAUCCCUACUAUAGAGCCAUUCUUCACCAGUCUUCAAGCGAAGUGUAUAUAACAAUUUAUGCAACUAAAACGUAAUUUAGAACAAUGACUAAACACAUUUAUUGUAGUUUAAAACUUGUCAUUACCAUGAGUAUUAUUAUUAUUAUUGUAGAGCUUUGUUAUACACUCAGACAAAACCAACAAUAUGGAGCUCCUAGAAAAGACAUCAGGAUAGAAAAGAGGGACUAGAGGAAUUUGGAUAUACAAUAGAGACUGUCCCUCCUAAAUGGGGACACUUGGGAGUUAUAGCAUAACGCCUUCAUUAGACCUUAACCCAUGUGAGAGCAUUCUCCAAAGUGCUGGAGAAUAUAGAGCCACUAAACUAAUUAUUUUAAACACGUGUUUUGCAGCUUCAUGUGUUGGCCUAUGGUGCUUUUUAGUAUUUACAAGGUUAACUACAUUUUGAAUUCUUGGCCAUUUAAAGUGAAUUUCAAACUUUAGUUCGAAACAGUUGAAUUGGAUGAGUUCCUAUGUAUACAUGAUGUAUUCGCAAGCCAAUGCUGUCACAGCAUUGACUCGUAACUUUGGAAAUUAACUUACACUAAUUCCACUCUAUGCAUUAAUUGUAUGUCUCUGUAACCUAUGGUGUUGUGUUCAUCUUUCAGUUUUUAGUUAUUUUAUUUUCAUGUAAAUGGCAAACACCAUAUUGAGAGUAAUGUAUUGGUAAUGUUGUCCUAAGCAUGGUCUGUGUGGUCAUAUAUUACUUUUGAACCCACACGUAGUGAGAAUUUAGCCCUGGCAAAUACAAAUUUAGCAACUUUAGGGCCUGGCAGGUAUUGUAGCACUUACAGUUUUAGGCCCAAUGGCUGGGUUAGUCUGCCUUCGUCACUUCAUAUGUUGCAGACAACAUGUCUCCUAAAACUUUGCCAGCAUUAUGGCUGUAAGAGCAUUAUGAGAUAUGUAGGCCACAACGUCUCUAGCUCUGAAAGUUACCUUCCCCUGCCCUCUGGUAUAUGAAAAGAUGUCUAAAUGGACUUUGUACUUUUCAUUUUAUUUUUGCAAUUUUUCUUGCAGCACAGCUGAUGCCAAAUACAAGAUAGCAAAUAAUUGCAGUACAAUGAAAUGAUCUUUAAAAAUGCACUUUUGCGCUUGUGUUUAUACAUAAACUUGAACAGAAUAAUAUUUAGAUAAAUUAUUUCUGUUUUGCUGCAUCCAGCACCGAGAUAUAUUUGCCUUUAUUGUUGACUUUUUUUUUUCCGCAGAAACACUUUUUAUUUAUUAUUUUUAUUUUUUUAUAUACAUAGCUAUCUGGGAAAGUUGUGCAUUGUCUGACCAUUGUGAGAAACAUUAGUGCCACCAGAUGAUUUUCCUCUCUAGUCGGUCCUCUCCCCUCUGUCAGUCCUUACAUUGGCUUCCUGUAUCCUAUAGGAGUCAAUUCAAAGUUCAAACCCAUACCUAUAAAGCAUUGAACAAUUCUAGCCCUUCUUAUAUCUCUUCACAGAUCCAUAGGUAUACCCCUUCUUGGUCUCCCCACCAAUGACCUUCUGUCCGUUGCUCGCACCCGUACGGCCAACUCACACUUGCAGGACUUCUCGCGGGCAGCUCCCUUCCUAUGGAAUAGCCUGCCUACCGCCAUCAGGCUCUCCCCUAGUCUUCAAUCAUUUAAAAUGUGCCUUAAAACCCAUCUCUUUAGGAAAGAGCCUAAAUGGCCUCCAAGAGUAACCUCUACCUCACAUACCUGUCUCUUGCUCACUCCUAAAGUGCAGCACUUUACUCUCUCCUCCAGCUCUGCUUCACUCCCACCUUAUUUGAUUGCUAUUUCCUCUCUUAAUGUGUUUUAUACCCCACCUCCUAUAGACUUUAAACUCGUUUGAGCUGGGUCCUCUUCAACCUAUUGUUCCUGUAAGUUUUCUUGUAAUUGUCCUAUUUAUAGCUAAAUCCCUACUCUCAUAAUAUUGUAAAGCGCUACGGAAUAUGCAGCGCUAUAUAAAUACGAAUAAUAAUAAUAGACUAAUCUCUCUGUACCAAGGGUUUGCUUUUUCACAAUAUGAUUUUUUAAAGGUUGUAUGAAUGCAUAUGUGUGAUAACAUAGACCAGAGGCAGGUAGACCUCCCGCUAUGAAUCGUUCAUGUGUGUAAGUUUCUCUGCGAUCAAGGAUCGAUGUUUUUAUUUUAAGUAAAAGGAGCAAACUGCUGAGACUGCAACAUCAAUCGACGGCAGAAUAUUUGUUCUAUUUGCAUAAUUCUUUCAAAAUAACUUUUGGCAAUACUGAAAAAGGGGAACAUGUUAUGAUUACUUGUGAUCUAAAAAUAGAUAGAAAAAAAUCAUUUGCUUUGCAAUUACUACAAAAUAUUUUUGUUUUUAUUAAUUCUUAAUCUACAGUUUCCCCUUUUCAUCUAUUGGUUAAGAUGAUCGCCCACUCUUCUCAUUUUUCCAUUCUUAUUUCCACAAUGUGGUGUACUUAGGGUAUGGAAGCUAGGACACGUCCCCUGGGUUCGUCUUGAAGGGGAAGCCACCGAGUCACUUUGUUUUUUUUCCUUUUAGCCCAGCUGCAGGGUUUAGAGCCGGCAGUGUCUGUUUUGCACCUCCGGCGGGGGCAGAGCUCUGUAAUUGCUCCAUUGAGACAGAUGUUCCCGGCGACGCAUGUACUCUGAGUUGCUGAGUGCGGAACUGCAAAGAAACCGUUACCGAGGUCUGCAUCUGCCAGUGGUGCAAACCUCACACUCUCCGCACUCAGGAAACCCGCUAGACCACAAGGCAGAGUUAACCGCCCCCACUUACUGGAUCCCCAGGGAGUAUGCCCCUCCCAUUGGACCACCAGGGCACACAGAGUACCACCAGACAAAUUACAUACAGCCAGCACACACCACUACUCACAUACAGCAAGCAUAGCCAGCACACACUACACAUCGCAUACAGCCAGCACACACCACACGCACACAGACACCUUAUAUACAGCUUGUAUUUUUUUUUAGCUGACUUUAUGGUAAAAUUAUCUAAAAAGAUGGGUGUCAGAUGUUUACUAUUUUCAAUAGAUACGCCUCUAUGUCCACAACCCCUGUUUGAUACCCUUUUUCUAAUGUUUGUGUCCAACUCUGUUCAACAUUCUCCCUGCCCAGCUUCUUCCUCAUCAACUCAUGCAAUCCACGUAUUCAGCAAAAAACUUUGUCCCAAAGUCAAGUUACCUUUUCUGACCCCAGCUGACCUGCUACUUGCCAGUCUUACGGUGUUCAACUCAUCUGACCUCACUAUAUAUAUAUUUUUUUUUGUCUUAUCGCCGUCGGUGACUGCAGUUACUAAUCUUUGUAAAGCACCCUUGAGAAGUUUGUUAUGUAAGACUUGUAAAAUCAUAAACAUAAAUCCCUGCUUAGUUUAAUGACUGUUUUUCUGUCAAUCUCUUAAUUUUUGAUCGCCUAACCUUGGGUCUAUUGGGCUUUUCCAACUGUUUUCCCAUAAAACCUAUGCAUUAUCCAUUACUCUCCUCAAAUAUGCACGUUUCAAUCUCAAUAGGUUAUCGUUGCAUCCUUUCCAGGCCAAAUGCUGACACUUCCCAGUCAUCUGUUGUUUCCUGUGCGGAGAUGCGUUCAAAUUUCACAUCGAGUCAAAACCCAGAACGUAAACAAGCUUAGAGCAUAUUCAUUUUCAUAAACAGGAACUUUCUUUGUUUGUUUUUUUAGAUUGGAGAAAUCAAGCAAUUGCACUUUAAUAUUCCCCCCCCCCCAAAAAAAAUUAAAAAAAAAUUGUUUCAAUUAACAAGUGAGAUCCAUUUUAUAGUUUAGGGGUUCUUUCAACUGUUGCAAAUUAUUAUAAUUAUAUCUAUAUAUAUGUGUAUGUAUUGUCAAAAUAAAAAGGCCUUUAAAACUGAUGUUUAUAAUAAUAAAUUAUUUGAAUUAUUUUACUGAGAAAUUGCAACUGUAGAUAUUUUAGCAAUAGACUAAUCAAAAACAGGAUGAGUUCUCUGCUACAGAUGGUGGUGUUUUGCUGUAUUCCGGCUUAUAGAGGUAGUUGCUACCUAGUUUGUCAAUUAUAAUAGUCAAAUGAAUAGUUGGUUUUCUGUUAUUUUUAUUAAAGUUUUUGUUACUUUUUUCCAGCUUAUUCCUGUUUUUACGCUGUUGGGCUGAUUAGUACAUUAUGUUUUGGAAGCUAUGAAUUUCAUAACUUGAGUUAAUUCUGCUUUAACCCCUUAAGGAGCAAACUUCUAGAAUAAAAGGGAAUCAUGACAUGUCAUGUGUCCUUAGGGACACUAUAGUCACCAAAACAACUUUAGCUUAAUGAAGCAAUUAUAGACUGUAAACUCAUUUACGCCGUGUCCCCAACUACCUAUUGUUCCUGUUACAUUUUGUUAUUGUCUCAUUCGGUAAAUUCCCCUUUUAUUGUAAAGUGCUGCGGAAUAAGCUGGCGCUAUAUAAAUAACAAUAAUAAUAAAUAGUGUAUAAAUCAUGCACCUGCAGUCUCUCUGCACAAUCCUCUGCCAAUUAGGAGUUAAAUCACUUUUGGUUCUGUUUAUGUCAUCCUAGCCACACCUUUUCUGGCUGUGACUCAGACGGCCAUGCAUGAAAACAAAAUUGUUUCACUUUCCAUCAGAUGUAAAUUACUUUAAAGCAUCACUAUAGGGUCAGGAACACAAACAUAUAUUCCUGACCCUAUAGUGCUAAACCCACCAUUUAGGUGGCUUGUGCCCCCCUAUAAAAGUUUAAAAAAACCUUAUUCCCGGCGCGGGUCUGCGGCGCUGGAUCCGCCCCCUUUCCCAUAGGGAAAGCAUUGCAUUGGCUAAAAUCGGCAAAGGUGUGGUUUUAGCCAAUCAGGACCGUCUCAUAGAUAUGCAUUGAAUAAAUGCAUCUCUAUGAGGAAAAUUCUGCAUCUCCAUGCAGAAAGUGGGGACACUGAACGGCAGCCAGGAAGCCCAUCCAGUGGCCAUCUAAGGAGUGGCCACUUGGAGGUGUCCCUGGGGGCAAUGUAAACACUGCCUUUUCUCUGAAAAGGCAGGGUUUGCAUGAAAAUUCCUGAAGGGAGCUAUUAUGCUCACCAGAACAACUACAUUAAGCUGUAGUUGUUCUGGUGACUAUAGUGUCCCUUUAAAAGUUUAAGGAGCACUAUAGUGCCAGGAAAACAAACUCGUUUUCCUGACACUAUAGGGUUAUUAGGUCCGGCCCCCCCUCCUGCUGGGCUGAAGGGGUUAAGACCCCUUCAGCCACUUAAUUUAUUCCAGCGCCGGUGACCUCUCCUCCCCCUGCCAACGUCAGCCUUGAAUGAGCAUGCGCAGCCAGAGCCGCGCGCACGUUCAAACAGCCCUUAGGAAAUUAUGUCAAUGCUUUCCUAUGGACGUCCAGCGUGCCCUUAAUGCGAUUUUCGCAUUAAAGAUUGCGGAAGCGGCCUCUAGUCGCUGUCAGGUUGACAGCCACUAGAGGCUGGAUUAACCCUCAAUGUAAACAUAGCAGUUUCUCUGAAACUGCUAUGUUUACAGCUGCAGGAUUAAAACUAGGGGGACCUGGCACUCAGAUCACCUCAUUGAACUAUAGUGGUACUUUAAGCUAAACUGUUUAAGUGACUAUAAUGUCCCUUUAACAAGCAUUGUAAUUACACUAUUUAAUUAUAAACAAUAUGUAUAUUAAACAUUUAUAUAUAUAUAUAUAUAUAUAUAUAUAUAUAUGAGUCUGCGUGCAUGAUGUCUUUCCUGUAACGCCAAGCAUCUCCUCCCAUACUCAUUUUGUAGUAAUGUGCGCAAACCGACUGCAGAAUCCCAGAUAUAUAAACUGUACAUUUGCUUGCAUGUUUUUCUAACACAUUGUAGAUCUGGCUUAUCGGAAAUCUUGUCUUCUGUGCAUGUUGUGGGUGAUGCCAUAAUUUGAAAGUAUACAGUGUUGACUCUUUUGUAAAAUUAAGCUACUGUGCCCUUCCCAAUUGCAAAAUAAGUGCAUUGUUUAUCAGCCUCGGACUACUCCUGCUGCAGUCUGAUGAAUCCCAGAAUGUUGAAACAGCUGCUUGUCUGGUUUUCCUGUUAGCCUUUGAACUUGCCUGUGUCUGUGUAAUUGGCCCAAGCCUCAGGAAUUCAUGUUUAAAGUGGAUGUGGACCAAAAGAUAACUAGCUUGGUCUUUUUUUGCAAGAUACAAUCUAAAAUCCUUGGUUUCAAUCAACUGUUAAUUACAACUCCUUAUUUUGUAUUUAUUUAUGUUUGCUUAUUUUAAACCUUAUAUGAAUCAAUAUUUCCAUACAAUUUAAAGCAUAUUCCCAAUCAAUUGUAAAAAUGAUCAAAUUUUGCUAUUUGGAAUAUAAAUAUUUUCUGGUUUGCUAGAAACCUACAUCCUAUUGGCUUGCUGUCAGCAAAGCUUGAUGAACCUGUUUGUUUUUUUCCUUGUUUUUGUUUAUUUGUCAGUUUAAACACAUGGCUGCUGUAUAAUUGUUUAAAUAUUGUUUUGUUUUUUAUCGUUCAAUUAGUUUGGCCAAUCAAACGAUGCAGACAAACUCGUCAACAGGCUGGUGGAAGAAUACAGCACCUCCGGACGUCUGGACAACAUCACCCAAGUCAUGAGUUUUCACCCGCAGUACCUAGAGUCCUUCCUGCGUACCCAGUUCUACAUGCUACGCAUGGACGGGCCCCUACCGUACCAUUACAGGCACUACAUAGCAAUUAUGGUGGGUACUAUUUUUAAAAACCUGCAAAAACAAAGAACAAGAAUAUAUAACCACUAACAAUGCUAUAUGGGCACCCACACUUAAAACCGUGUGUCCUCUAGGAUUCGCCAAAUAAUAAGGGUGAAACAAAAGAAAAAAAACUCCUAUGUAAAGGAGGUUAUACAACCUUAAGAAAAAAUAAACCCGAUAUCUAAAAAGGAAGAAACAAAAGCUACAUAGGGUAUAUCAAUAAACCUGCAUAUCAUAGAUUGCACUCACAGAAACGUGGAUAUAGAUAAGCCUGUCAGGAGAAAAUCAGUAUGAAGAUCUCACAGUAUAGGAGGGAUACGUGUCGUCUCAGGUGUGGUAUGAUUCUCUGCUUUUAAUGGAGAAGAAGAACACACGAUAGUGCAGAUUGUAUAUGUAUAAUGUAUUCAAAUUGCACUUACAAACACCGCUAAAAAUUCUGCAUAUCUCCGCAUCCAGCGGAUCCUGGUGAUGUGGAUCACUUCAGAAGCUGGUAGGUUCAUGAGCAGCAAUAAUAAUAAAAUAGAUUAAAAUAAACGUCCAAAGACAAAUCCGGAAUCUUAGGAUGAUAUCCAACGCGUUUCGUCUGUCUCGACCUCUACAUACCUAUCCCCGAAGAAGUCGAGACAGACUAAACACAUUGGAUAUCAUCCUAAGAUUCCGGAUUUAUUUGUCUCGGGACAUUUAUUUUAUUAGAAGUGCAAUUUGAAUAAAUGUAAUACUUUACAUAUACGAUCUGCACUAUCCUGUGUUCUCCUUUUGCAUUAUAAGCAGAGAAUCAUACCACACCUGAGUGGGCACGUAUACCUCCUAUACAGUGAGAUCUCCAUGCUGAUUUUCUCCUGACGGGCAUAGAUUGCACUCACAAGUUUCUGUGAGUGCAAUCUAUGAUAUGCAGGUUUAUUGAUACCUGACUCUAUUACCCUGUGUAGUUUUUGUUUUUCAUUUUAGAUAUCUGGAUAUAUCUGGUUUAUUGCUUCUUAAGGUUUUUUUUAAAACCUGUUUGAAUGCAUAAUGCAUGGCAUAUUUAACCCCAUAGGAAGAAUUUCACGAGAUUCUGUGCAUUCUUGAGUUAAAACAUUUUGGCAGUUUUUAUUAUAAGUUUGUUCUACCAUUUAUUCCAUAUUUUCUCACUAAGUGCAUAUAUAUAUAUAUAUAUAUAUAUAUAUAUAUAUAUAUAUAUAUAUAUAUAUAUAUAUAUAUAUAUAUAUAUAUAUAUAUAUAUAUAUAUAUAUAUAUAUAUAUAUAUAUAUAUAUAUAUGUAUAUAUAUGUAUGUAUAUGUAUGUAUAUAUAUAUAUAUGUAUGUAUAUGUGUAUAUAUAUAUAUGUAUGUAUAUGUGUAUAUAUAUAUAUAUAUGUAUGUAUAUGUGUAUAUAUAUAUGUAUGUAUAUGUGUAUAUAUAUAUAUAUAUAUCAUGCAUACACUGCAUUUCCUUGAUACCUUUUACACAGUCUUGCUCUAAUAACUUCUAAUCGUAGACUGUGACUAGAUACGUCCUAAGGCGGGCAACAGACAAUUCCUUCCCAGGUGCCAAAUAACCCAGGUACACCAUUAGGCAAAGCUUAACAAAAAUAUACCUGGGAGAUCUUGACACUUUUGAUGUAACUGCGAUGUCACCAACGUCUGGUUAUACUUCAGUUCUUGUAUUUUUCCAUACAUCUCCAAGCACAGUAUUGCAUUUUCACAGUAACUAUUGUAACCUUGAUAUGGGCUAAUGCAGGAUAAAACACGGCCAUUAGCUGCUUUCUCCGUCACACUUACUGAUAAGGACACAGUGUCUUUGUCACCGUAAUGAUUAUUGCAGACUUUGAUACACUGUCAUCGUCGCAUAUCCCUCUGCAAAGAAAAAACAAAUAAGCCUACAUAAUAACAUACAAAAAAAAUAAAAUCUAGUUACAUAAAAUCAUUUCCCCUAUCGCUUACUUAUUAAUCCUUUUUUUUUUUUUUAUUUUUUUUUUUCUUCUUCUUUUCCCUCCAAGGCCAUUAAAACCUCAACUUACCACAAACUGAAAUAUUACAAGUAUAGAUCUGUAUUUGUUCUAAACCAAAAGCCUUGUCUCACUUAUUCGAACUCUCACUUUUGCCCCAUUGUGGGACUUCAGUCUGAAUGGCUAUUAUGAGAUGCACAGGACUAUUCACUAAGCCAAGAAUCAAAGUGGAUUUUAAAUUUAAGGCCAUAGCAGCCAAACCGGAAAUAUUCUCCAAUUCGGCUAUGCUGGCAGUUUGGCUGUUUUGGCCUUAAAUGAACACUAGAGUGUCAGGAACACAAACCUGUAUUCCUGACAAACUUCGAGAACUGUACAAACUAAACUAAAAUUGGCCACUAAAGAUGCUAUUUAAUGUCUCUGUAUCUGUGUCAGCUUGGGGUUUGUGUGCUAAGGAAAAAGGAAAUGGACAGAGGCACACAUAUUGUAAUACACAGACAAAGGGCUUGCUUUGUUUAUGCACAUUAGAAAUCCACAGAUAGAUUGAGCGCACAGUCCAGAAAUACUCUCAUUUAAUAAUACAUUAUACUUCUGUCCUCGUCAUUUAUUCAGUAUUCUGGUUUUAUUUCACACAGGCUGCUGCCCGGCAUCAGUGCACAUAUUUGAUAAACUUGCACGUCGAUGAGUUUCUGAAUACUGGGGGAUCAUCUGAAUGGCUAAAAGGUUUGGAAUAUGUACCUCAGAGGCUAAAAAAUCUCAACGAAAUAAACAAAAUUCUGGCACACAGACCAUGGUUAAUAACAAAAGAGCACAUACAGGUACACACUUGCCAUAUGACGUGGCAUUAACAGACAUGUUUUACGGUGAAUGUUUAGUUUAUCUGUGCCGUUUGCUAGUUUGUCUGUUGAUAAUUUAUUUUACUAGGGGAUCGCCUUGGUUAAAGGUUAAUAAUAUUUCGUAAAAAAAAGCAAGGUUUAUUUGCCUACAGAAAACAUGCAAGAUUAAGUUUUGUUUUAGUUCGUUUUGUUUAUUUCUGUAUUUUUAAUUCUACAGUAAAUUUUUACCAAAUUAAAUAGGGAUACAUCAUUUUUGUUUCUUAGUUGAGGUGUCAAGUUUGAGAGAAUAUUUAUUUUACCUGGUUUAAAAGAACCUGGGGUAUCCCAUAUUAGUUAAUUGACUAAACCAGGGGUCCUCAAACUCCGGCCCCCCAGAUGUUGCUGAAACUCAACUCCCAUGAUUCUCUGGCUGUCUAUGUAAUUCAAAGAAUCAUGGGAGUUGUAGUUCAGCAACAUCUGGAGGACCCCCGGACUAAACCAAAGUGCAAAAGUGUGUCAAACCUAGUUUGUCAGUGUCUCUCAUAAUUUUCUGCCAGCCAUAAGACAGGUGAACAUUAUUGGAGUUAUCAAACAUCUGAAGAGCAUGUCUACUAAACAUCUGUGCUAUAAGGGUUUGCGUCGGUAUGCAAAAUUUUGGUCAAAAUCUUGGAGUUGAAAAAUAGAAGUAAAAUUUUUUUUUUUCUCAGUCUACAUUUUUAUAAAUUGGUUAACUCACUACAACUUGCGAGUUGGCAAAAAAAAAAUCAUCAUAAAGUUGUCUUAAUCAAAUAGUUGUAAAUAAGAUUUGUAUUAAUCAGCAUUAAUUCUUUGCAAUAGAUCAUUUAUAUUUUUUUAAAUGUUUUAAGAUUUUUGUAUUUUAGAACAUGUUUCACUAUAUAUGUAUAUGUAACCGUGUUUAAAAGAAGUAAAAAUAUAUCACUGUGUGUCAUUUAUUCUUUUAGUAUAGGGCAUUCAAAGACACAUUGAAUAAGAAAUAUUAAUAAUACUCUAGUGUUGUGUCAUUAUUAAAGUUCAAAAUGGUCAAACCAAAUGCUACUAUGAACAAAAAUGAGAAAAAAAUCCAACUCUUUUUAUGCAUUUUAUUGAUGAACACCUAAAUAUUAUAUAGCACAGUUGUCCAAGUAUUGUCCUUCAGACAACCCUUCCUUGAAUUUCCUGCCUACUAGACUGGUAAAUAAUUAUUGGCAUUGGGGUUUAAGUGACAGCUGAGAGGUCAGAGUUGGCCAUAUCUGGUACAGAGAGGGCACAUCUGUGGCUAUUCCAAUGACUCCUGUUUGUAUCUGGCAUGGCUCUCUCGGUUAUUGUAAUUUUCUACACAUUCUUAUCCCUCUUUAGAAACUGGUGAAGACCGGAGAGAAUAACUGGUCACUGGCUGAGCUGGUACAUGCCGUGGUACUGCUGGCUCAUUACCAUGCACUGGCGAGCUUCGUGUUUGGUAGUGGCAUAAACCCAGAAAGAGACCCGGAUGCAUCAAAUGGAUUCCACCCGGUUGUGAAAAGCAAGCUUUGCGUUUGCGAUCUUGCCAACGACAAUAACAUAGAAAACACAAGUCUCACGAGUAACAAUAUCGAGGUCAGUGGUGAGAAAAAUAAUCUAUUUUUUUUUUCUUCUUCCUUCUUAGCUUAAUCUCCGUUCUAGAUCUGCAAUAUCCGCUUUUGCAUAAAAUGUUACCACCUGUUCUUUGAAUUGUAAUUUCAAUUUUUAGUCUAAGCCUUAUUUAUCUUCCCCUUUGCUUUAGUGCUGGCUUUCACCAUACAGACACAUUUCAAUGCCAGGGUCCUAUUCGAUCACCCAACAUCUUCUUUAGAAGGGACUUUAAAAUAACAGACAUUGUUCCCUCCUCAUACACCUUACAGCAGCAUUUUUGGUCAAACUUCAAGGCUGCAUUCUGACAACUAAUAGGAGAAGAGAAGGGAGCAAGGGCUCUGGCACACUGAGAGAUGUCUUUUUGCAGUUUGCAGUUCCAACCUACAAGGCCCUAUAAAUUUCAGAUGUGUUGUCUAGCUGUAAUUUCUAUAUAUGUAUGUAUUUUAACAUUCUGGUGGCAUUAUUAGUUAGCUGUAAUCAAAGAACUGCCAUCGGCUUACAUUUAUUUAUAAGCCAAGGUAUUUAAUGGUUUCCUUUUUUUUUUUUUAUCUUGAUUAUAUGACAACUGAUACUCUGCUUCUAUGGUUUUUGUUAAUAGAACCAGACAGGAAAUGGGUUUUACGAAACUCAAAAUUCGAAUUUUGUAAAAGUGACUAUUAUUUUUAUUCAUUUAGUUCCAUGUAUUGUUUGCAUACACUAAAAUUAAAUCCGAUUUAAAAAAAAAAAAAAAAAUGUAUUCUAGUCAUCAAAGUCUUUAAAUGACUUUGCAACCAGUUAUAAAAAAAAUCCUAACAACACAAUGCAAAAUGUCUUUAGUUACCUGGUUAUAAUCAAACAGAUCUGUUUGCUGUAGCUGUGUUUGUGUGCCAUUGUAUUAGCUUUUCUGGAUAUUUAUUUUAUAUUCUGUUAAGUUGGGUACGCUUUUUCGAGUGACACAAUUUGAACAUUUCCAGAAUUUUGCCAAAAGGUAAGAGGUACAUUUGCCAGGAGAUACAAACUUGUUUGCUUGUCUUGUCUGCAAAGUCCAGUCUCUACAUCAAUCUCACUAUAAUAACAUUGGUCAUUUGUUUUGUAAUUGGUAGCAUACAGAGAGAUAUAGAGGGGCACCUAAGGACUGCACUUUUGUCAGUCUUGAUUUUAGCUGAAUCCUUACCUAAAAGCAGUUACUUUAUUUGAUUUUCUUUAUUGCUAUUGAUAUCUUUAAAUCUUCCAUAGUACUAAGCUACCAGAUGACAUCAGCCCUGUUAGGAUGCAAAUUGUUUUUUUAAGACCACUCGAUUUCCAUUUUUCUUUCAUCUCAGAACAAUACAUAUGGAUAGCAUAAUUAACAGACUAUAUAAUUUUAUGUAUGCUCACACACCCUACCAAGUCACGAAUAGACUUGCAAAUACAAGUACCACUGGUGACUAUCUCGUAAUCCCAGCGAUGAGGCAGAAGCAGUGGAGUAUUUUAAUGCAUAAUGCUGUACAUGCUAAUUUAUAGCAGUGGAUGCAGAUUAAUCAUCAAAUACCAUGUUUAAAAGGCAGGGAUUUUGCUUUAUUGCUAUGCCCGUAUUAACACGUUGCUUUACGCUGCAGGCGCCUCUCUCCAUGAAGAAAUCUCCAGCAGUCACAGAUUUCUCUAAUUUUCUUAAUCUCCUCUAAAAGACGGGCUCUGUAACUCCCAUUAGCUGUCUUGAUUGACGUAAAUGAGUGCUGCUAAGAGGUGUCCAGUACAAAUUAGUUAGUCAGGACCCCAUGGUGCUUUUCCUAUUGGCAGUUUUUUCAAUAAAUAGUGAUUUUAAAACAAACUUGCAAGAUUUAGUCAAGGUGGCCUUAUUGGGCGAAAAAGGUUUGCUCCAUUUUCUCUAUCUGAUUUGUCCUAAAUUUACCACCCUUUUAUCAGUUUACCCCAACAUAUACCUUGUGUUUAGCCCCUAGUGCACACAUUUAGAACAAGCGUAUUUAAACUGAUUCUUUAGCUGCUAAUGCACUACAGUCCCAGUGAAACUCUUCCAGCACAUAGAAAAAGGACAUGACAUGGGGGGGGAGGGGUUGAUAACUUUGAUUAAAGUAAAGUUGCAUGUAGCCAGUGCAUAUAGAGGGAAGUGAUAAAUCAAUUCUAACCUGUUUCCAUGACUGCUUUUGAAAAUUGAUUCAAGAGGGAGAAUCAGAACGAUCUCCUGACCCACCCUGUAUUGGUAGUCUGCUGGAUUUUAUUACAUGUUAUUGUUUUGUUCUAUAGGACAGUAGGUAACACUAAUGCCCCUGCCUUUAAUUAGCAGAACAUGGAUUCGGAAAGUGAACUAGAGGCCCUGAUGGAAAGAAUGAAAAAGCUGCAGGAAGAGAAAGAAGAGGAGGAAGCAUCCCAGGAGGAAAUGGCCACUCGAUUUGAAAAAGAAAAGAAGGAAAGUCUUCUCGUUAUUUCGGGAGGUAAACCGCUCUUUAUUUUAUAUUUACCCUUCGUCACAUAGCUUUGUGUAAACGUUUUGUCAAUGCUAGACUUUAGGCUCAUAAGUCCUCUGUUCAUUUUGUACUAGUGUGUCUGUAUAUUGUACUGUUUAAUUCCCUCAUUUGUACAGCGUUGCACUUUAUAAAUAGUAAUAUUAUUUGUUCUUGUCAUCCUAUACAUCUGCACCAGUGCUAUGUUUGGUUUUAGGUAAUCUAUCCAAAAUACCUGCUAUACUUUUUUCCACAAGCCUACUUUUACCAAAUACAGAUCAAGAUAACACUAUUAUUUCUCUACUCUUAAAGGGAUAUGCUCUUCAGCUUAUUUAUGUAGUUGUGGUGCCGUCCAUGCAAUAUUAUGUUUGAUUAAUUUGUCAGACUGACAAAAUAGGGCUUGAAUGUAGAGCUCAUUGCCCUGUUACUUAGAAUCCUUGAAAUCUCUCUUCCCAGCUCACAUAACUGUGACAUUAGUAUGUCACCGCUCCCCGGAAGGACACUUGAAAGUCAAAGACUGCCGCCGUCUUUCUGAUAGGUUCCGGGGAUGGCAUGGGGUGCUCACUAUUGGUUGGCACAUAGCUAGGGGCAGUCUUUGUGCUUUCUCCCAAGGAGCAGUUCCUGCAACUCUCCCACCCACCCACCCACGUACAUCCUGAGUGCCAGGAGGUGCUACUCCCAACUCUCUGACAGAGCUUUAAAGGAGAGCUCAGAGCUCCACAUACCUCUUUAGGCAGAUAUUAGUCCUAUGUUAGAGUGCCCAGUGCAAUAAGCUGCGGUGCUUAUAGUGCCUAGACUGUUUAAUGUUUUUGAUUGAUUUUUGACUCUGAAAUGGAGUGAGGAGAAGUAUCUUGUAAAUGUAAAUCCCUGUUUCGGCAAACUGAGCCUAGGAAAUAUUUGUGACCACUAUCCCUUUUAAAAUCGCAUAAAAUAGGGAUUGCCAGGGUGCAGCUGUGGGAACCAGAUAGAUCUGCAACUCAGUCUCUAUCUGUAAACCACAAUUACAGAGCAUUACUUAAGGCAGUGUUAAAAAUUAAACCAGGCAGCAUGCAAUAUCAGAAACGGCCAAAGCUGCGAUCCCCAACUACAGCGUCCAUGCGUAAAGCAUUUUGGGAAACAAACAGAUUAUUUAAGAGGUGUGUGAAAAAGGGGGCUAUCAUCAGCAACCAGGUAAACUCCCAAACUUGGAAAUAUGACACACAAAGCGUUUUGGGAGUAGGUGGUUCUUUUCUUUGUUUGUGUUUUUGUUUUUUUAACACUGCAUAGAAAUAUUUAGUAUAAAAUUUACAAAUUUGAUUCAUAUUUGUUUGAAAAUGUGGUCGUACCCAACUGCAUUAUAUAAAAAGCAUUUCAACAACUAUUCUUCCAGGGCAUCAAUGUCUAAUACUUAUUUAUUGUACUUUGUGCCAUAAGCUGGCAAAGUUUCCUCUAUAGAGUCAGAGAUCAUGGCUGAGCGACGUCUUAUCGAGAUAGAACUGGCUGUUUCUAAACCAUUAAGCUAACACCCAAACUGGCUGCAAUGUUUACAGAUCACAUUGCUGAUUUGUCUUACUUACACAUUAAACAUCAACAUUUCUCAAAAAUAAAUUGAGCAAGGCUGUAAUUCCCAAGGACCAAAACUCAGAAUUAAAAACCAAAUUGCUAUUAGUCGGCUCGUAUUCCAGGAAUUCACUGAUGACGAUUCGAAUAUUGGAUAUAUUGCUGUACAGGCAGGGCAUAAAUAAUGCUGCAAGUUGCACGGAUUUGGCCAUGUGUACACAUGCAUUCACUUAAACCAUACGGGGUACAAUAUCCCACAAUGCCUAGCGUGGAGCAACAUAAGGGACUGAGAGAUGAAGGGCUAUGAAUUGUGGGAGCUGAAAUCCAAGUUAAAAUAAAAUAUCUGCUACAUAAUUGCAAGCUAUUUGGAUAGCACAAUGUCUACAUAAUAUGUGCCCACCUUAUCAUGUCUUCUCUGUGUGAUGUCCACAAUGUCUACAUAAUAUGUGCCCACCUUACAAACUUACCUCUGCUGCAUAUGUAGGUGAGGGACACCUCAGUUGGUUUUUGUUGUUUUUUUUUUUCCCUAACAGACACUCUGUGCUCAUAUUAUCUUGACAUUAACUUUCCUUGAUUUCAUGCAAGGUCUUAGCCCAGGGAAUUAUGGGACGUUUUUUUAAUUUGCAUCACAUACCAGGCCAGAACAGCAAUGUAUUCAAAACCAAUCCAAAUGAAAACCAGAGUGUGAAAAAAAAAAUUUUUUUAAGUUAAAAUUCUAUUGUUGUUUUUUUAAUUCUCUUCACUGCAAAAAAUGGCAUAAGUAAAUAUGUAACAAUAAAAGACAAAAGGUCAGAGAAUUUUUUUUUUCCUUUCAAUGGGACUUCUCCUUUAACUACUGCUAGUUGCCAGCUAUCUCAGGCCAUAUGGCAUUUUUAUUUCUGAAGCAUGGAGUCUGAGAAUUACCACCAAGGUCAGAUGCAGUCAGCCUGAUGGUAAUUAACUCCAUGCAAGGUGGUUACACAAUAUAGCCACCUGCCUCUUCAGAAAUAAACGACUCUCUCACUAUAGAUAAAGGAACUUUAUUUGCCAAGUAAAACAUUGUUAGAGAUCUAGAGAAAUGCCUAGUUACUGCAAAUACUGGCUUUACUUCAGCCCUGAUUCCCCCUGCCUAACUAGACUCCUAUCUGUUGAAUUGACGUUUCAGCCACAUCUUAUAUCUGUAGUUUAAUUUAUAUCUACAGUGAUUAAGCUUUAUGUUGCGUGUGCUUUCAGAUCCUUUAUUUCAAGCUGCUUAGUUUAUUUAGUAAACACCAAAUUGUAGUGAAAUAAAAACGGCAAAAUUACAGAAUAGUAAAAUUUUGGGUAAAAAAGUGAUGAUAUUGGAGAAAUGUAAGCAUCAAAGAGACACCAUAUUCACCAAAACAACUUUAUCUUAAUGAAGCCGUUUUGGUGUGUAGAUCAUGCCUUUGCAGUCUCACUGCUCAAUUCUCUGCCAUUUAGAAGUUAGAUCACUUUGUUUAUGCAGCCCUAGUCACAUCCUGCCGUCUUCCUAAACACUCCUGUAAAGAGUCAUCUAAUGUUUAUACUUCCUUUAUUGCAAAUUCUGAAAGCAGGCAUAUUUCUAUAUGUUUCCUAAUUCUAUCCACAAACCGGUGCACUGCUACACAUUUCCAAUCCAGUUCUUUUGAUGCUGACCAAGUGAAUUUGACCCACCACUCUAAGCCGCUCUUACCUAAAGAUCACUCUAAAUCUGUUACAUUACCGUAUAAUUAUCUACCCUAAAUCUGUCCCCCUCCAUCCUUAAGUUUACUAUAGCAGAAUCUCUCAAGCAAAUCUCACUGCUACCAUGAAAGCCUUUUGAAAAUAACUAAAAUAACUAAGACCAUUUCAGUUUACAUUGUUUUUGGUUCUGUUAAAGGCGAACAGCAAACAGAAAUAUUUAACAAUUUUAAAAAAGUUUUGAUUUUGCAAACAGUUGAGCAAAUUUGUUACAGCAAAUUUAUGUGUUUGAAGUUAUUUAUUUUUUGUGUUGCAAUUUUCCUUGGCCUCUUCUGACCUGCAAUUUCUGCUUCUUUCAGCUUUCGAUACUGAUAUGGUUUCUAUGACAAAUGCCUCUCGUUACAUUGAGGAUCCUGGGUUUGGCUAUAAGGAUUUUGCCAGACGUGGAGAGGAACAUCUGCCUACAUUCCGGGCACAGGUAGGUCCACUUUGUGUCCAGCUGUAAUAAUGAACACAUGCCACAAAAUAAAUCUGUACUUAUGUCUUUCAAAUUAAGAAAUGUAAUCCCUGAUACCAAUGCAAUGAAAAGUUAUCAUAGGAGCUACUUUAUUUUAUAGUCAAAGACUAAAGUGACAAAACUUGACAAAAGGUUAAGCUUCAUAUUUUUUCAGUUCCACCAGCCAUCGAUAUUGAGGAGUUCCGAUGUAUGUUUUUCUCUGCAUUGUUGAAGCCAGAGAGAGUUUUUUCCAGGUUAAGCUGUGCAGCUCCUGGAUUCACUUACAAACAUUAAACAUUUUGAGCUCAUAGUAAAGGGGUGUGGGUUCUAAAGAUAGUGUAGUCUUGCUCAGUAGGACCCAUGGAAGGUUUCAAUUUUGACUUUGCCAAGGUUGAUUAUGCAAUAGAGAAGCCAUGUGAUGCCAUCUGUGCUACUAGCAGACACUUGGUGUUCUGUUUAUUAUUUAUAUUGUAUCUGUUCAAUUCAAAGCCAUGUUCCCACGAUUAAACCAUGGGUUCUUUUAAUGUUGUGUAACAGGACUACUCCUGGGAAGAUCAUGGCUUUUCGCUCGUUAACAGACUUUACUCCGAUAUCGGACACCUACUAGACGACAAGUUCCGAAUGGUCUACAAUCUCACAUAUAACACAAUGGCUACCCAUGAGGAUGUGGAUACCACCAUGUUAAGAAGAGCCUUAUUUAAUUAUGUCCAUUGUAUGUUUGGGAUCAGGUAUGUGUUCUAUGUAUGAUAUGACACACGUACAAUUCUAAUAAAACAAUAUUCAUCGCAUCCUGUGGAUUCUGACUGGGGUGUCAUGCAACUGCCUGCACUCUAAGGUUUGCUUGGUAAAAGCAUUGCAAUCUAACUCUGCAGCAAAGCUAUCAAAUUCAAGAGCAGCCCAUGGUUGACUCCUAAUUGUAAAGACAAGCACAUUUAUUAUGGCUGUAAACCUGCAAGCGUUUUUUGGGGGGGGGGGUUCUAGCCCUCUUAAACCCUUGUAUGAAUUUGGUGCAGCCAAAAGGGUCAAUGGCAAUUUGGCCAUGCCAAACAGGUUACAGAGAUUCAGUGCCCAAAUUCUCCUAUUCUCCAAUGCUUGCAGCCUUUUAUUGCACAGUGUGAGUUUACAUUGUGUACUCUUGCUGUACAAAUAUUUGGGCAUCUAAUGAUUUGAAAUUUCCUCUUUAAAACAUCUUUAACAGGUGCUGAAUGUGACAGGGAAUGCUCCCGUUUUUUGUCAGUUGGCUUCAGAACCAUUUGAAUAAUGGUUCCAUCAGGAACUGUCAGGCCUCUCAGUUAAUCUUUAUGCUUACAUGGAUUUCUAUAGUAGAAGAUGCAUGUUGUUAUAAACUCCAUAGAAUCAAUGUGAAUGGAAGCCAGUAAGCAAGUAGUUAUCAUUCUUUUAUAUUUUACAUUUCUACAGUUGGAAUGCACAUAGAAAGAUAGAACGUGAUGGCAGAUAAGAACUAGUCUGCUCAAUGUUCUAAAUGCUUUAAAUAGUCCCUGGCCUUAUCUUAUAUCUAGGAUAGCCUUAUGCAUGCUUAAACCCCCUCACUGUGUUAACCUCUACCACUUCAGCUGGAAGGCUAUUCCAUGCGUCCACUUGUAGUAACCUUUUGUUCAACAGGGACCUUUUUGUUAAAUAUAACUUCAUGUUACCUGCUGGGUGUCCCCUUACAUCACCUUGAGAGUCGGGAAGGUUUUGUUAUAUGUAAAACAGCGCUGAUGACCUUUUAUACGAUAGCCUAUAUUCAUCCAAAUCUAACUUAUUUUAUCCAGAUGGUAGUUUUCCACUCUGGCGUAGGUGGAUAGUCUUUUGGGAUAAGUAGGGUAAUUAAAGACUUCUAUUUGAGCUGGUUAUUCAUCACAAGUUAGACUCAUGUUUAUAGUGAUGCUCAAGACUUUCAAGUCUGUGCACAUCCCUUCUCUAGCUUUUACCAGCCAUAAAACAUCAUGGAAACAUUCCAUUCUGUACUUCAAAUCAUCAUUUCCUUACAUGUUCUUGCCCAUGCGGUCAAUACUCUAAUAAUCUCCAAACUGCCAGUGUUGGUGCAAUACAUUUGUUUGUAUAAUAUAUUUAUACAAUAAUUCAGUUUGUAGGUUCUGUAUGUCAUUUAAAUUAAAGUAUUACAAUCGUUCAGAUAACUACAUAAAUCAGAUGGACGAAAGAGUAGAUAGAUGGGCAUAGGUAGAUGGAUAGAUCUGGAAAUAGAUGGGUGGAUACGGAUAUAAUAGAAGGAUGGAAAUGGGUGGAUAGAUCUGAAGGUAGAUGAUUUUGGUGAUGGAUAUAGAGACAGAUAAAGAUAAGUUAAUAAUGUACAAGUGUUUUAAAGUUAUUGAUCUAUUACACGUUUUCCACAAGGUCAUGAAAAACCCUGCACGUUCACAUUUUCGUAGAACUUAAGAGUAUUUAACAUGAGUUCUGCUUUCCAACCAAUUAAAAUUGUGUGAAACAUAGCUGAUUUUCUUUGUCUGACCUGAUUUUCCCUAGGUACGACGACUACGAUUAUGGAGAAGUUAAUCAGUUACUUGAGCGGAGCUUGAAGGUUUAUAUUAAAACAGUGACCUGUUACCCCGAACGAGCAACCAAACGAAUGUACGACGGCUACUGGCGUCAGUUCAAGCACUCUGAGAAGGUACGUGAUGCAAACCCAGACAGCCAGCUCUGUGUUCUGUACAAAUAUUACUACUGAGACAGCUAUGUUGUGUCUCAUCCAUUGUUUGCAAUAAACCAAGUAAUUUACUUGUCUUAACUGUUUAUAUUCUAGUUUAUAUGUCUUCAAGCAUGGCACUGACUUGUCCUAAUUGUACCAUCAAAUCCUACUACUUUAUAGCAUUAAUUAUGUUACUGUAUGUGUAGAUUGAAUGUGGCACCUUUUAGUAAAUUCAUGUUUGUAACAUUUUUUGGCAGACUAUUUCACUUUCUAUCCACGCCAACUGUGAAUCAGUUCCCUUAUUGGAGCUGCACAGUGUUAUAUGCUGUCCUAAUUGUCUGUGUCAGGAGCUAAAAAUGGUUCAUUUGGUGUUUUUUUGUGACAAAAGAUAUAGACAAAAAGAUGAGCCUUAAUGGAAACUCUAAGCAAUAUAACCACUGCAGGUCUCUCCGGUGGUUUUGUUGAUAUGAGUCAUGGUGUGCCGCCCCCCAUGUUCUGAUAAAUCUCUAUUAAAAGUGUAACAAAAAUUGGGGUGCAAGAGGGUGCAGGGAACAUGUAUAUUGUAUGCACAACGUAGCUUUAAAUUUAAACCUGCAAAUACAAUCUCCACUGGGUUUAAGGGACACUAUAGUCAUCAGAUCAUGUCAUCUCAUUGAAGUGGUCUUGGUGCAGUGUCCAUGUCCCCUUUAGUCCUGCAAUGUAAAUAACUGCAGUUUUUGAGAAAGUGCGUUAAUUACAUUGCAGGACUAGGACUGCCUCUAGUGAAUGUCAAUCAGACAGCCACUAGAGGCACUUACUGGUGGCUAACCGACUUUUGGUUGCCUAACUGACGAUGGACGUCCUCACGCGCUCUGCAUGAGGACAUCCAGCGUUCGUAAAAUCCCCACAGGAAAGCAAUGAGCAUUAGCCCCCCUUCCCGUCACAUGACUUGGAAGGAGGCAGAGGGCUGACCCAGUGCCGAGGGACAGUGACUAAAGGUUUUUGGUUUUUUUUUUCUAACCCUUUAGCUGCCUAAGUUGGGGGAGGGAUGGGGGUCAAAAGGCUCUAUAGCGUAAGGAAUACAAUUUUGAAUCGCUUUAAAGAGGCUGAGGAGUGAGUGUCAAGGCAGAGAAAGAUAACCCUUCCAGUGCCGUUGUAUGUUCCCUGUUCUAUGUGCAACACCCCCAGCAAGCAUUUCUUACACAUUUAAAGGAAGUAUAGGACAUUUUGACACCAACGUGCUGGCAGUGAAUCCAGCUUGUUAAUCUUAUCACGAAGCAGGGCCAGGUAUUUCAGAGAGGGGAUGGCAGCGGAGGGUAUCACCCAGAGACCUCCUAGAUCAGCAGCGUUGGAGCAAGGGGAAGCAGGUGAGUACUAACAUAAGUACCCUAAAGCAUAAAAAUAUAUUGUUUAUCGUUAACCGGGUUAAUUACUAAAGUGGGAAUUCAAAGUAAAUUUAAAAAUAUCCAAACUGGGAAAAUUCUCUAAGGCAGCUAUGCUUUCAAUGCAGCUACUAUGGCCUCAAAGUUCACCUUGAACUUAAAACAUUCAAAGCCCGAUUUGAUUUCUUGCAUUGUCUCAUGUGAGAGUUUCUGUGCCAUAUUCCUAACGGUCUCUUGUGUGUUUCAGGUCCACGUGAACCUGCUUUUGAUGGAAGCUCGCAUGCAAGCAGAACUUCUGUACGCCCUCCGUGCCAUAACCCGUCACUUGACCUGAGUGUUGGGCAGAGAAAGCGUCUACCUGCAAAACCAAUUCUCUCUCUUUUUAACUAGAUAGCAACAGAAGCGGUCUGUGAUGUAGCAUCAAACAUAUAUGCAUAUCUAGCGUCAACGUUUGCCACACUUGCGGCAGUUAUGUGCAAUGAUCUGUGUUUUCUAUAUUAUGAUGCUUUUCAAUACUAAUAUUGCAGAAAUCUCACUACUAUAAAUUUUUUUUAUUAUUAUUUUCUAAGCAGCCACUGCAAUGCAGACUGCCUUUCCAACAACCUUAUUGUUUAGAUCUGCAUUAAGCUCAUUUCAUUGUAGCAAAUCAGGUUUGACUUGUUCCAGUUAACUGUAGUGUGUUUGCUUGCCAUAGCAAAAACAAAACACAAAAAAAUAAUCCAGCUGACCUGGCUACUUUUUAAAAUGUAUAUUUACAUAUAGAAAUUGUAAGCGUUUUCUUUUUUUUCUAUUUCCUUUAACCAGUUUGCUAACAAAGUUGGUUAAAAAAAAAUACACAAUUAUGUGCCAUAAAUGGAAUCUUUAGAUGUAUAAAUAUUAUUUGCUAGCAAAGUGAUGCUACGUCUACAUCUGUAGGCUCGCAAGCUAGUUUUGGUGCUUUAAUUCUCCCAACUCUGCUAAAAGGACAUUCUUGAAAGUAGAUGUUGGUUUCUGGCUUAAAUGAGAAAAAAAAAAAUGUGAAAAGUUUAAGUAUAUUCUGCAGCAAGCUACUCACAGUACACAGCUCAAAUGUACAUGUGUGUACAUACGUGCACACACACAUUCAUACAACUAUGCUAAUUUCUUUCUCUUUUCAAUCCUUUGAAUUCAAUAUAUUUCUAGGCCUUGCCAUUUAAUAGCACUCUUGUUUCAGAUGCACAAUUGUGGGUAUUUGACCUCCCUAACUCUUAGUAAAUUGGGACUGCAGUAGUACUGCACAAUAUGAAUGCUAAACAGCCUUAAUCUAGUAAACAUGUGGAUCCGUACAUUACCAAACCUCUCAUGCAGCCAUCAGCUAUGUUGCAAAGUGUCUGGCUAUUCAUGGUUUAUUAGUAAAAAGAAACAAGAUGCCUUUUUUAAAGACCAUGUUUGCACACAGCUCAUAUACUAUUUACAUGUAUCUUGUAAGAUGGCAGCUUCCUGUAUGACAAACGUGAGGCUACGGUAGUUCUUGUUUCUUGUUUUCAGGUUUGUUGCUAUUAAAACAAAAUGCUUAUUAUAUGUUAAAACUAUAGGUGACUCUACCAAUUAGACCCUUAAGGACCAAUGACCGUCUGUUCCAGAAUGACCUUACACCAACAUAAAAUGGCCACCUUAAGUAACACAUCAUGCGUUUGACAAAAGAGUAUAAGACAUUUAAUUUUAGAAUAUGUCCUCUAAGACCAAGUUAUUAUGAUGCCAUUGACCUUCCUUGGUCCUUAACGGUUAAAUGUUAUCAGAAUAAAAUAUGGAAGCAGAUUUAAAAUGCACCUCUACUGACAAUGUUCCAAGACAAGACUGUGCCUUCAUCCAUUUAGGUCCUAAAAGGCCAAUUGUGCAUUUAAAUACAAAAAGUGUUACAAGCCCACCAGCAAAAGGCUCUUAACUCAAUAUUACAAGAGGGAUGAUGCAAUAUAGUAUCAUAACUCCUAUGGUCCUCAAAGGAGUUGGAAGAGGAAUACCUGAAAUACCAAGUUUUGCACAUCCUUUUAGUGUCCAAAAUUAUUGCUUAUGCAAGAGCAGGAUGCCUGUUGUACUUGACCUAUUUGUUGUUGGUUGUUUUUUUUUUUUUUUGGUUUCUUUUUCUUAACUUUAGAAAUGUUUACUCUGAAUAAUUUACCUGCAUCCAUAAGAAUACUAAUGGUGGCUCCAAGCUGUGAUUCUACAGGUGUGCAUUGUUGGUGAACAAAAAAAGGUAAACGUGCAAUAUUAAUCUAGGGUAGGGGUGUGGAAGCAGAGUCCCAAUCCAGGUGAAGUUGAACUACAGCUCCCAUAAUUCUUUGGGGUCCUUCGUUAAAAACCACCUUUCAUCUAGCACAAUCUCUUUUUGUAUGAGUGAGGUUUGAAGUGCCCUGUGAACUUUACAAUAUAUAUAUUUUUUUUUUCGCUUUUUCCUUUAAAAGAGAAAAAUAUUUUCUUGUUGGUUAUUUUUCUAUCCUAUUAGAAAAGAAACGGUGCACGUUUAAAAUACACUUAAAAGCCAAAGCAUUACAAGAGUUAAAAACAAUAUACCAGCUGUUAAUUUCCUGUUGUAUGUUAUCAGUUGUGUGUGUUAUUUCUGACACAGUGUAUAAACAUUUUCAGUGUGAUGGUAGAUGGUGACAUUCUACCAAAUUAUAAGAGCUAGUUUUGCUUUUAAGUCUGCGUUUUAAGAUAUUGUAAAUGGCCGUUUUAAGUUGAUUUCUGUGAUCAUGAUAUUUUUUCAGGUUUUUAUGGAGAAAAAAAAACUGUUUUAUAAUUUGUUUUUAUAUCAAACCCACCAUAUUACAUCUGUUUGGUUGACCUGUCCUUCUUAUUCUUGUCCAUUCAAAAGUCCACCUCUUUGACAUGUCUGUAGCACAAGAACGAAGUCAAGACGGCAAACCGGACCCAAAAAUCAGUACAGUUGCAAGGCCUGUUUAAUUUUACCUCAGAUUUUGUGACUAUUGUUAUAGUAAGCCCAUUUUAAGCAUGCAUUGAGCUGAUUGACAUAAUGCAUUGUCCAAAAGAUAGUCAGACAUUAAGAGCAGUGUCUAAGCAUCCAACUUGAUCUAGACUAGAGUGAAGAUGUAUUUGUUGUUGAUGAAUUUGUACUUUCCCAAGUCCAGUCCUGUUUGAGUUCAUAGAAUAUCCCCAUGGCUGAAUCAAUUGUUAUACUUGUAAGAACAUUUCCAAACAUUUUUAAUUUUUUUCAUACUCAUUAUGUAGGCCAUCCUACAUCCAACAAACACUUAAGGCCUAACAAAAAUGUGCAAAUAAAUAUAUGGUCUUUAUAACCUAUAAAGCAUUUAAUUUAUUUUAAAACCUGGGUCAUCUCACUAGUUGAGUAAUUGAAGACACUGAGUUUAGCAAGUACAGUUAACUUGUACAUUGUGCUAGCGGUCUUCUCUCAUAUAAAGAUAAAGUGAAUUAAUUUUACAUUAAUAUAACCUUUUUCAGAUUUUCCUGCUGUACUGAUGGCACAGCAGUAAAGGGUACAAUCAUGGAGGGCUGUAGUGGCUUCACAUGCAGCCAAACCAGCCUCUUGAGUGACCCAACGGCAUCUCACAACUGUUAGCACAUGCUUAUAGUUAUAGGCCAUCCAUUGUGCCUGGUCACCAUAUCCUCUCCAAGACUCAAAUCUGUACAUGGAGGUAGCAAAAGUAAGAAAGUUUCUCAAGCUAUGCUCGUGCUGACAAUUUGCCCGCAUAGUUUAUAGAUCUCGAUAUACCUAUAUAUCAAAAUGAGCUUGUCGUACAUCCAUUUUGUGGAUAUCAGGUGCUUUUUCAUAUAGUGUCUCCAAAUCUUGUAAUUAUAAGACACUAGGAGCUGUGUCUCAGUCUGACUGUUUAUCAGCUUUUCUGAAUUGUCAGAUCAGUGAUUUUGAAUGUAUUGUGCUCUAAAUAUUGUAAUGGUCCAUCACUUUAUUAACUGGGGUUAACAGAUAAAUACUAUUCUAAAAGGCCAAAGUAGAUCGUGAACAGUGAUUUUAUUUUUGAUUUGUUGAAAAUGUUUGAGUGAGACUCCUCGUGAAUAGGAGAUAUCUACAACUUUGUUCCCAAUUCCCCUCACUUUGGGACUGGCUUUCUUGAAUAUUUUUAACCAGUGUUUAUCAACCUUGGCGGUCCCCAUAUUUGUUGGAUUAUAUCUCACAGAAAUCAUUAAUGGCAGAGUUUUCUGGAAUAUGUGGGAUAACAAAAGUUUAGAUACCUGCUGCUGAAAUUUGUUACCAAUACAAACAGCAAAAAUAAUGAAACCUAAAGAAAUCUGUUUUUUGAAUACACUAGUUUCAACUUUGUGUUUGAUUUGUGUAUUCUCCUGCUGUGUUGCAGAAGGUUUGAGUGUUUUUUCGAAGUUUGACAUGUUGGAUGGUUUCAUGAGAUCUCAGUUCACACUUUAUGUUGUGUUAUUUAAUGAAUACUAUUCCUCAACAUGAAAUUGGGACUCCAUGACUUGACGUGGACCUCUGUCUGGUGUGUAAUUCAUGUUAUAAGCGUAAACAAUAGUUUGCUAACCUAUACAAUCUGUAACUAUUGCAAAACAAUCAGACUGGCCCAUGGUGGUAGGAAUAGCACUUUUUAAAUGUCCCUUUGUAGUUAGACUGCAUAGGUUUGCCUUUUUCAUUUAAUUUUGAGAAGUGUUAUGUUGGGUGCUUAGCCAUCACUGUGUCGGCCAAAACACGUUGGAGAUCAGUGUCACUAUCCGCGUCGCACUGAACAUAAUGCGACCGAUCCCUUUCAUCCUUUUGUAAAUCAGACGGAGUAUAUUUCUUAAACUGUAACUUGCUAAGGUGACAUGUUGCAGGCCCAUCCAAGCACUGAAUGGAUUCAUAAAAGAACUGGAUACAAAUAUGUGUUUGUACCUUCAAUAUUGCUGCACUGAAUCCUUAUGAAUGUAUUAGCCUUUCAAGUUACAGAUGGGUGUGAAAUGCAUUGGAUUUUCUACCCAUCUGGCAUUCAAGGGCUAGCAAACUACCAGCAAAUUUUGAUUUUUAAUUUUAUCUUGUCCUCAAGAUAAGUGAUAUGCUGUGAAACGUCAAUUACUAGUAGCUUGAUAGUAUUGAUCAGUAUUGGCAAAAAUAAGUAAAUAAAAAUAGCAUUUUAUUUCUUUGGUACUCUUCCUCCCCUCCCCUUCCGCCCAAACACACACACAAAUAAGCUUGCCUACUCAUUUCCACUUGUAAGGAAAAUAAGUAUUUUCUCUUUUGCUAACAGCAGAUAUACCUGUUGGUAAUGUGAAGCAAACAUCCGUGACCUAGAGAUCAUAUAUAAGUAGAAUUACUAAAAUAUGUUUCUAGUAACGGAAUCCCGUGAUACUUCUUGGGUUUCACGUAGUUACAGUGUCUAAAUCAGAACAGUGUCAUUUUAUUACCUCUACAUAUACACAGUCACUUUAAUGCAGCUGGGUCUUUUAACUUAUCUAGUUUCAAUAAGUAGCUUGCACACGAUUACGAUUUCAGAAAUAUUUAUGGGAGUUUAGUCAUUAACCAAGGCCAUAUGUCAAGAUUGAGCAAUGUGCUACCUAUUGUUGCUCCUCACGAUGAUAACUCAACAGUUGAAAGUUCUUGGCGUUCUGUGCCUGACUGACCAUGUAUAUGAGGCUAUACUGAAUAUACUGAAUUCUUUAAAAUGUGUAGGGUGAAAUCUAUUUUUUUUUUUUUAAACUAUAGAAUUAUCUUGCAUAUUUUAACAUUGAGGGAGCUGUAUCCGUAAAAGUUUACAAACUAUUUUGUUACAGUAAAAUUAGUACAUUUGUGCCCCUUAAGGAGUAGAACUUAAAAUAUAGUUUUAAGGGGCUGACACAGUGUUAAAAUGUGAAUUUUUACUUUUUCUUAUACCCAUGUUUCCAAUUUACUUGCAAUAGCUCCCUUUAAUUAAGCUGGCACAUUUUGCCAAUAUCCUUUUACUCCUGGUUUACAAUCUUCAUUUUUUUUUCUUCUUCUUCACCAAAUCCACUUAAACUAAGAUUAAAACUGCUACUUAAUGGACCCAGAUGAAGUAGAGACUAUGCUUCUUUAAACUAAAGUUACGUCUAACCGUAAUCAACUUUUUUUUUUUUUUUUAUCGUCUAGAUUUUUUUUUUUUGACAUAUGUAAAGUUUCUUUGUUUCUUUGCCUUUUUGUUGUGGAGGACUGUAGUGUGCUGACAAGAAAGAUGUACUAUAUAAAUGCCUUCCUUCUUUUUUUUUUAUACACAGACUGGGUUUAAUAAAUAUAAAUUUGCUUCUGCGAUAUGAGGUUCCCCUACCCCUCACUUACCCUCUUCUUUGUAACAAAAUUCCCUCUGUUUAGGUUCAUGAUUUCAUGACAUGGCAUCCAAAACUUGUCAGAAAAUCUCAACUCUUUUCUGUCCUUAACUUUUCGAAAUGUUAUGAGAAUAGGAAUUAUUGCUUUUUUUUUUUGUAUGCAGGGAUGCCCUUCAAUGACUGUCUUGCAUUUGUUUGUUUGACUCCCACAAUCCUUUGCUGUUCUCCAAAUGGUGUCUGGGAUUCUGAGAGUUAUAGGCAAGCAAUAAUUCAUUGACUGGAGUUGGACAUCUCUGCUUCAAGAUAUUGAUGAAAUUUCAACAAUCUAUCAUGUCAGAUUAUUCUCAUUAACUGUAAAACACUUAGAAUCAGUUUGUUUUGCUUUGAUUUUUUUUUCCAAUUCUCUACUUAAUCAAUACAGCAGUGUUUGGCAUCAAACCAAAGGGUGCUGAAUAUAGGCUACUCUCUCUUAUAUGUAUAUUGUACAUUUUAGGUUUUACUCUGACUGUAGAUAUAAUGGAUACAAUUACACUAGCGUUUUUGUUAGACUUUUGUUUGUUUUGUUUCUUUGCUUUUGCUGUGCUAGCAAAACUGCAAAUUCUAACUUGCAGGAUUUUUUUAAUUUUAAUUUUUUUUUAUGUCUGAUUUUAAUUCUAUGUACACUUGCAAUUAAACCCUCCUUCAGCAUUUAAGAGGACAGCUACACGUGCCUGUAAUACAUUGCUACUACACUAACUGAAGGGGUUAUUGUGCCAAUUGCAAAUGAGUAUCAGAUUUUCAGUAAUGUUUAGCGAGAGCUCGGAAGAUGCAGUAUAAAUAACAGAUGUCUGAGAGUGUGAGAGUGUGUGCGCGUGUGUGUAAUAACAUGCUAACAGGAAUUCACAAAUCUGCACUUUUUUUGAAGGUUUGAAGAAUAUAUUUAUACUGUAGGUACGGAGCAAUUGGGGUUUGUUUGUAAAAGUAGAUCAUUUAUACUUGCUGAAAUUUUAUUUUGUUGUUACUUGUAGAAUUUUUUUUCUUGUUUUGGUUCAAUAAAAUUUAAUGGAAAUUAAA